AUGGGUUGUUGUGCGUCUCCAGUAAGACCGCUGGAUGUCACUAAACGCCCCUUUCAUCUCCUGCUACGUGCCGUCCGUUCUCUGCCGGUGGGGGGCGCUCCCCUCCCGGCUGGUCCUGCCCGGGGGUCUGACGGCAGGAUGGCGGAGGCAGGGGGACCGGAGUCUGUCGCGGCCCGGUGCCCAGAGGAGUCGUCGGAUAGUGAGCCGGAGCAAGAACCUGGAAGCCCGCAAAAACUCAUCCGAAAAGUAUCGACAUCCGGUCAGAUCCGCAGCAAGGUAAGGAGGGUCCGGUCCGGCUUUUUAUCCCGGGUCAGGGUCUGUUUUCAUCCAGCGGUGCGGUGCGGGCCACACAGCCCUACAUCCCCGCUGUGAGCGCCAGACUCCCCUCCUCGCUAGACUGAACUACAUUUUGAAACCAGGCGGUGUAGACUGUUCUACAGUAGUUGAAUACUAAUAUAUAAAAUCUGACAUCGGGGAUUUGUGUAGACAAGUGUACCGGGGCCGAUAUCUGAUUCGGCGCCUUUCAUACACUUGAAACAUGGCCUGUGUCCGUGCAAGAAAACCCUCUAAAUUACCGAAUCACUGUCUCCUAGCCGACCUCCUCUCCUCCUCUGCUCCUUGUUUCAGACUCUUUUGAGGCUCUGAGUUGAAGCGGAUUUGAAUCUAGCCGCUGCAGCUAGAUCGGUUUACGUGAUGCCGAACAGCACAGUUUAAGUGAACAAUCCUUAAACGAUUUUAAUCCUUUCAUAACUCUGCUUUUUUUUCCUUUUCGGCAUUUUCGCGGCAGUUCCGGAGAAUUACUAGCGGAGUUUGGCUGAACUACGUUGAUGAUAAGGGCCACAGCUGCUACUCUUACUGUCCUGGUUUAAAUCGAUAUAUUUGAUUAAAAUAUCGCUGUUUUGUGUCGGUACAUAUUAGGUGUUUAUAGUCAAACUGUGAUCAUGACCAGAAGGAACAGUCGUGUUUAAUUAGCAUUUAUUGAACUUUAAAGACUAGCCCCAAGCUAACUGAAUAGAUUUAGACUCCAAGCAGGAGCUGAGUUCUAACCUGUGAUUUUAUCCUGAGGAUGAGAUGCAAAUAAUUUCUUUCUUAAGAUACGGCACAGUGUCCGCAUGUCGUGUUUCUCCACCGCUGGACGGUCGAAAAAACGGUGUUAUGUCGAAUUAUGCUACUUAUCGAGAUGUAUACUAAACGCCUGUUCACGUGUGCGCAUGUGCGUGAUCACAGGCUUCAGCGCAGGUCAGUAGUACCAUAGAUAUCUAUAAGAUAAAGUCUAGAUGACUCGAGGAGGGGCUACCGGUGUCCCUACACGGCGGCCAUCUUCCUCCAGUAUACCACUAUUACGCUCUAUGGUAGCUGACGGAAGUUGAGUAAUCUGCAUGAUUAGAAUAACUCUUAACUUGCUGAAAUCUUGACAGAUUUACAAGUGGUUUUGUUUAUUACAUACCUCAAUAACGUGGCUACGAGACGGGAUGCUUGGACAUAUUGGCAGCUUUUCUUUGAGAAAAAAAAGACCUAAUCAUGAAGCACAGUUGUUUCAUGGCUAUUUGCACAAGUUGUCGAGGCUGAGACCACAAUCGAGAUUUUAAUUUCUUGUAUGACAGCCUAUAUUUUUUGUCGAAGUAAUAGCCUUUGUGGAUGUGCUUAUGUUUAUCAGCUUGGCUAAGGGACUCGCCGUGAGUGAGACCAAGUACAUAUUACAAAGUUGAUUACAUGAUUUCCAAGCUGUUUGAUUUGUUAGAAACAAUUAAAAUGGCAACAUGAGGCAGAUAUUUAUAUUUAAAAUGAAUACAUAUGUGUUAUUGUUAUAUGUUAUUAUAGUUUAGAUUAAAUUCAGACUUAGUGCACAUGGUCCCUCAGAGAGAGAUAAGUCCUUAAAAAGAGACCAAGGUGGUACUGUUGUAUGUUCAUAAUAGAAAAGUGAGACAGGUUGACACCUGUACUUCCUGACACCUGAACCUGUUGACAUCUGUACUCUCUGACACCUGUGCUGUCUGACAUCAAUACUGUACUCACUAACACCUGUACUUUAUGAAAUCUGUACUCUCUGACACCUGUACUGUACUCUUUGACACAUCAGCACUCUGACACCUGAGCUCUGUGACAUCUGAUCUCUCUGAUACCUGUACUUUUUGACACCUGUACUCUUUGAUAUAUUCAUCUCCACCUUGACAACUUACUAUACAUCCAAAUACACCUCUAUAUGUGCAUUUUUGAGACACAUAAAAACAAAACGAAAGUUUGCUGCUCCAUUUGACACGUAGUCAAGAUCUAAUACUCGUGUUUUUUAAUAUGGGAUCAUAUGGGUUCAUCCACUUUAAGAAGCUAAUGAGUGGAGGGGAUGCAUUCUAUGGCAGGGGUGCAUUCUGCGGCACAACACCGGUCCCCAUCGAUGCUCGAGAAUCGAUGCCCAACCCUGCUGACAACUGUACUUUCUGACAACUGUACUUUCUGACAUCUGUAUCCCUCACAGACUGGGUCUGUGUUCUCAUGUUUCGGUGCGUACUUCAGUCUGCAGCUGAGUGUCAAGGUGUGACUAUUCACAGUGCAGCAGGUAAAAGGAGUUUGACAGACUGUGACCCUGUCACCCUGAGGAGUAGAGACUGGUAUUAUGUGUUUCAUUUGUCCUUAACCAAUUGUCAUGAUACUGUGAGCUGAGAUGCAGAUCUGAAAUGUCCGACGGCUUCUGAAGGUAGCAGCUGCUGGGACAACUCUGACGUGGAAGUUUGAGUCACAGGAAGUGAGAUUGGCUGAGAGCCACAGAGUUUCUAUUUAAAGCUGGUGUUUGGGAGUUUUCAAAGUCUGAGAGGAAACAGGAAAGUGAGUGUGGUUGAAAAGAAGGAGAGGAAACAGUGCGUUUGAAGACUGCUGCCUGCUCAGGUAAAUACCCGUUAUAUUAGUCUCCUUAUCCUGAAGCUGUUAAGUGUGAACAGGUUAGUUUCCAUCUUUUAAAGUGUGUCUGAAUUCCUGGUCCUGGUCAUCCCUCAUUCACUGAAGACUGUUUUGUGUGUAUAAGGGCCGCUUGCUUAGUUGCUGCUGAUGAUAAACGAAAUGUGAUGAUAAGAACAGCUGCUGCCAGUCUGUUCAUCAGCUCAUGAAAGGCUGAAUAUUAAUUAUUUUUGUUAAUAUUGAUUACAGAUCACACUAAUUAUUGGCUGUCUUUAUUAUUAAUCGACUGAUUAUUGGUUAUGAAAGCAGGUACAGCUCUAGUAUAGUUCUUAAUAUUUCUGGAUAACAAACUGUAUUUUGUAAAUAGUUAGGUAACAAGGUCAGCUGAUUUUGCUGAUUCUGAUGAUGAUGAUACUGAUGAUGAUUAUCAGUGUCUGUGAAUGCUUCUGCUGUCUUCUUCAUCAUGAGACUGAAGGCUGCAGUCAGCUGAUCGUCAGUUUGUGCUCAGCACUUUUUUUUGAAAGGUUUCCUCCAUGCUGUCUCUUUGUCAGAUGUGCUUUCUAGCCUCCUCACACACAGCCACAAUGUGCUCAUCCGUCAGUUCACUCAGCUGGGCUCUGAACUCAGAACCUUCAAAUCACUGAACAGAUGUGUUAAAGUAAACUCUGAAUAGGUAAGCUACUAGACCUGAACACUUUUUAUGACCUGACUGUAUACAUGUUUAGAUAUGCAGAUCUCCUCUAGUGGACACUCAAAGAACUGCAGUUUUUUAAACUUCCACAUCAGCUACAGGCCUCAGGACAGGAAGUUGCUGCUUGCCUUAAGCCUCACAGGAGAGCACAAGAUUUAUGCCUAGAACUGAGUCAAUUCACAGACACACAUAGCAGGGUGCCCCUUGGGGAUCAUUACCAGGUCCUCUCUGAUUUGAGGUUUACCUGACCAGCUGUUUGUAUGAUAUAAUAGAUUUGGUUGUUCUUUUAACUGUGCGUGUUUGUGUGGGCAUGUGCAUGCGCAUGUGUGUGUCUCAGACAGUGUUGAAGGAAGGCACUCUGCUCAAACAGACAAGUUCGUUCCAGCGCUGGAAGAGACGAUACUUCAAACUCCGGGGGAGGACCCUUUACUACGCUCAGACCGCCAAGGUGAUCAAACUGUUAAUAGACCUGCUGUGUGAGGGCAGUGCUAUGUAACAUCACAGUUUGGUGAUGGCCAGAGGUAUGCUCUGAUUGUGUGUUUGUGUUCACAGUCAAUAAUCUUCGAUGAGGUGGACCUGACAGACGCCAGUGUGGCUGAGUGCAGCACCAAGAACAUCAACAACAGCUUCACUGUGAGUAAGACUAACACAGACACACACUGACACAAACACACACUCACGCACACAGACGCAGACAAAAUCAGACAUUAGGAUGGUGUGUGUCAGUAACACUGCAGGAAAAGUCCUCAGCAUGGUGUUAGGAAUAAGUGUUGUUUGGGAAGUCUCCUAACCCACUCUCCCCAACUGCCUCCAUUGGAAUUUGAAAAGGAUCAGACAAAAACUGCUUGAAGCCAAUAUAAGACAGCCUCUGCCAUCUGUGUAUGUGAAUGGGUGAAUGUGGUGUGAAUGGGUGAAUGUGGUGUAAAUGAGUGAAUGUGGUGUGAAUGAGAGAAUGUGGUGUAAAUGAGCGAAUGUGGUGUGAAUGAGAGAAUGCGAUUUAAGUGGUGUAAAUGAUUGAAUGUACAAAACCCAAUUCCAUUGAAGGUGGGAAAGUGUGAUUAACGUAAAUAAAAACAGAAUACAAUGAUUUGCAAAUCCUUUUCAACCUAUAUUCAAUUGAAUACACUACAGAGACAAGAUAUUUUAUGUUCAAACUCAUAAACUUUAUUUUUUUUGCAAAUAAUUAUUAAUUUUAGAAUUUGAUGGCAGCCACACAUGACAAAGAAGUUGGGAAAGGUGGCAAAAAAUACUGAGUAAUUUGAGGAAUGCUCAUCAAACAUAUUUGGAACAUCCCACAGGUGAGCAGGCUAAUUGGGAACAGGUGAGUGCCAUGAUUGGGUAUAAAAGCAGCUUCCCCCCAAAUUCUCAGUCAUUCACAAGCAAGGAUGGGGCGAGGUUCACCACUUUGUGAACAACUGCGUGAGCAAAUAGUCAAACAGUUUAAGAACAACGUUUCUCAAAGUACAAUUGCAAGGAAUUUAGGGAUUUCAACAUCAUCAAAAGGUUCAGAGAAUCUGGAGAAAUCACUGCACGUAAGCGGCAUGGCCGGAAACCAACAUUGAAUGCCCGUGACCUUCAAUCCCUUAGGCAGCACCGUAUCAAAAACCGACAUCAAUGUGUAAGGAUAUCACCACAUGGGCUCAGGAACACUUCAGAAAACCACUGUCAGUAGUUCGUCGCUACAUCUAUAAGUGCAAGUUAAAACUCUACUAUGCAAAGCAAAAAAGUGAAAGCCAUUUAUCAACAACAUCCGCUGGCUUCUUUGGGCCCGAGCUCAUCUAAGAUGGACUGAUGCAAAGUGGAAAAGUGUUCUGUGGUCUGAAGAGUCCACAUUUCAAAUUGUUUUUGGAAAUAGUGGACGUCGUGUCCUCUGGGCCAAAGAGGAUAACAACCAUCCGGACCCUUAUUGACGCAAAGUUCAAAAGCCAGCAUCUGUGAUGGUAUGGGGGUGCAUUAGUGCCCAAGGCAUGGGUAACUUACACAUCUGUGAAGGCAACAUUAAUGCUGAAAGGCACAGGUUUUGGAGCAACAUAUGCUGCCAUCCAGGCAACGUCUUUUUCAUGGACGCCCUUCCUGCUUAUAUCAACAGGACAAUGCCAAACCACAUUCUGCCUGGAUACAACAGCGUGGCUUCAUAGUAAGAGUGUGGGUACUUGACUGGACUGCCUGCAGUCCAGACCUGUCUCCCAUUGAAAAUGUGUGGUGCAUUAUGAAGCGUAAAAUACGACAACAGAGACCCCGGACUGUUGAACAACUGAAGCUGUACAUCAAGCAAGAAUGGGAAAGAACUCCACCUUCAAAGCUCCUCAGUUCCCAAACGUUUAUUGAGUGUUGUUAAAAGGUGCCAACAUGUGCAAACUACUUUGGCACGUUUUGCAGCCAUGUAAUUCUGAGUUAAUUAUCAUUUGCAAAAAAAAAUAAAGUUUGUGAGUUUGAACAUUAAAUAUCUAGUUUUUGUAGUGUAUUCAAUUGAAUAAAGGUUGAAAAGGAUUUGCAAAUCAUUGUAUUCUGUUUUUAUUUACGUUUAUCACAAUUUCCCAACUUCAAUGGAAUUGGGUUUUGUAAUUUGAAUGGGUUGAUUUGUUGUGUACACAUGCGGUGGUGAUCGCGAGUUUGUUCAUUGAAGGAGCCCCUCCCCGUCCCUGCUGCUGAAGUCACAUCACCUCUCAGUGGGUGACAAAUGUUGUUCAUUCGCCAAGUCGUGAAGGAAGAAUCACUCCCGUGCCCUGAGAAACUCACCUCUUUGUAUGCCGCCGUUGGCGGAAACAACACAGCAGCAUGCCAGCUAAACAAGCGUGUGUUUGGUCUUUAUAUCGCAGAAAAGUGUAGAGAUUAAAAAUAAAUACACACCCAGGCUGAAGCAGGUAUUCUGCUAGGUAUCAAAUAGCGUUUGCUUUAAAUUGGCUGAAAAUAAAUUCUUCUUGCAGGAAAGUUUAUAGUUAAUGUAAAGGCACUAGCUAGCUAGUUAGCUAGCUAUGAGUCAAAGGCGGCAGUUCACUUUCACUCCAGUUGAGCUCAACUGAACUGAGGAAGGAAUGAAUCAGGUCUUGGAAUGAUUCCAUUCACGUCGUUCACUCAGCAGUUCCGUUCUUUUGAAUAAAAUGUUCAUGAACGAUACAACACUAAAUGCUAUAGUACUAAUAAUUGCCAUAACAAUUCUAUGAUGGACUCAAGGGGUUUAUAGCAACAACAACAUAACUGCAGAAAACCAGGAUCAUAGCUGGCAGAGUGUGUGUGUGUGUGUGUGUGUGUCUCUGUGUGUGUGUAUGUGUGUCUGUUAGUGUGUUACAGUGUGUAACUCAGUGUGUAGUUUCAGAUCAGCUGCUCUGUUUCUUUUAAUAAAGUUGUUCAAAUAUUAGCUCCUGGGGCCUCAUUUAUCAACUGUGCGUACACACAGAUGUGUGCAUAAUGAGUGCGUACAAACAUUCCCACGCAAAGUAUGGAAUUUAUCAACCUGUACUUGUGCUUAAGAACGUGCGUAAAUUUAAGCACAACUCUGACCAUUCUUACACACAAAACCAAGUGGUAGAACAGUGAAACUUCAAAUAGAACCCAUUAAAGGAGUCACAGCGUUCAGCAAUCUUAAACUUCACACGUUUCCUGUUCCCUCUAUACAAAAUUUAACAUAUUUAGCAGAUAUUUUGAAUGAUUGGUGUGACAAGCUAUAAAAUCAGCUGUGACAGGACACCCUUAGAAGAAGUCUUACAAAUACAAGUAUCAUGGCUUACUUUGCGCUAUUGAAGGACUUGGAAAACCGUAUGCUCCGCAGGGAGCACCUUUUUAAAGACCAUGCUGAUCUGUUCAGUGAGAACACACAGUGGCUUCUCAGCAGGUAGCUACUGCUUCCCCAAAAACAUUUCAAUGGAUUUAUGCCGUAAUUUACAACCUGAGCGAGAGACAAAUCGCACCAAAGCCAUCCAAGUGCACACCCAGCUCCAGCCAACCCUGGGAUUUUUGGCCACUGGAACAUUGUAGCGUGAGAUUGGAGACAUGGCAUUUCGCAGCCAACGCUAAGCAGAGUCAUGCCGGCAGAGUUGGAUGCAAUAAUUUCUCUGACCGAAUUUACAUCCAGUUCCCAUACACACAUCACCAACAAGCCGAAAUAAAAUGAGGAUGUCGCUGGAUUCCCAAACAUAAUUGAAGCCAUAGAUUGCAUCCACAUCGCAAUAAAAGCACCUUCACAUAAUAAAUCCAGUUAUGCCAACAGGAAAGGAUUUCAUUCAAUCAAUGCACAAAUAAUCUGCGAUGCACAUUUGUAUCUGUUAAACGUUGUUGUCUUGGAGGAACACAUGACUCAUUCAUUCUGCAGAGCAGCUCUGUGAGUGUGUACCUCCAUGAUUUCGGCAAGGGGGAAAAAAAUCCAUUCACGCAUUUUUAAAGGGAUUGUUGAUUCCAUAUAUGGUCAAUUGGAGGCGUUUCUGAAUGAAAAUAACCCGGACCAUGCACGAGCACGGUAGUAAAGAACAGGAUUUAUUCUCACCGAUUACUCACUAGUGUGCGUACGACCGGUGUCCGUACGGAUUUUUUUGUACUUAUGCACAUUCUAAAUUUUUUCCUACACCAAAAUUUAGAACCUUUUCUACACACGGUUGAUAAAUGAGGCCCCAGGUAUCCAGUCUCACCAGUUCACAGAAAGGUGCCGCCCUGUUAGUUUUAAGUGUCAGCGCCACACAGAGGAGGAGAGAUGCUUGCUUAGUUAGAAAAGGAGAGAGUAAAGGAUGAAUAAAGAAAAAAAGACUUUAAAAACCUUCAGAUCAGAAAGAACCAGCUUCAGCACUUAAUAUAAUCCUUCUGUUUGAAGAUGAAAUGAAGAACCUGCUGCACACUCAGCAGCUUUAAUAUAUAGAGUGUGCGCGUGUGUGUGUGUGUGUGUGUGUGUGUGUGUGUGUGUGUGUGUGUGUUUGUGGUGGGGGGGUCUGUGUCUAUUUCUGUCUGUGGGAACAGUCGCUUCAUUGUAGAGCAACUGAACAGGAAGUGGAAGUCAUGUCUUUUUCCCAGAAAGUUACGCACCCCAAUACAAACACAUACACUCGUACACACAUGCAGACAACACGAAUUCAAAAACACAUACGAACACAGACAAAUACACACACUGAUAAAAACUAUUUAUAUAAUCAGAAAAGAGGUCCCUCCCUUCCUGUAACUCAAUGGGGAUCAAAGAGUUUGUUUCCAUGGCAACAGAAGAGGACCUGGCUGGCACCUUAAUUAUUGUAACUAUACUGUAAUAAUGUAAUGCAAAAAACAAUCUAAUUUUCAAGAUUUUUUCGUGUGUUUGUGUGUGUGUGUGUGUGUGUGUGUGUGUGUGUGUGUGUGUGUGUGUGUGUGUGUGUGUGUGUAGGUCAUCACCCCCUACAGACGGCUGAUUCUGUGUGCUGAUAACAGGAAGGAGAUGGAGGAGUGGAUGGCAGCUCUGAGGAGCGUCCAGAACAGACAGAACUAUGAGGUCAGUCCCAUAAUAAACUCUGGCACCGGUAUGAGUGUGUUAUCUCAAGGGUCACCAGCGUGUGUGUGUGUGUGUGUGUGUGUGUGUGUGUGUGUGUGUGUGUGUGUGUGUGUGUGUGUGUGUGUGUGUGUGUGUGUGUGAUCCUCCAGUCCACCCAGUACAGCAUGGAUCACUUCAGUGGGAUGCACAAUUGGUAUGCCUGCUCUCAUGCCAGACCAACAUACUGCAACGUUUGCAGAGAGGCGCUGUCAGGGGUCACCUCACAUGGCCUGUCCUGUGAAGGUACACAAUACACACGCACAUUAUACACUCACUACACAUAAGGAAACACCCACAGUUUCUUUUUCCGUUCUUCUGCUAUCUUUACAUCCUCUUUCUGUCCCCCCUGCACCUCCUUUUCCUUCUCUGGUAUAAUGUUAGAUGGGGGGUAACAGCUCCCCCAGCUGUCUGUAUCAGAUGCUUACUACAAAACAAAUUGCUUCAGAAGCUGAAUCCAGUGUUCAUUCUGUGAGUGUGUGUGGUCGUGUAUGUGUCAGUGUGUAAGUUUAAGGCUCAUAAACGCUGUGCAGUCAGAGCCACCAAUAACUGUAAGUGGACAACAUUGGCGUCCAUCGGGAAGGACAUCAUUGAGGAUGAGGAUGGGGUGAGACUGACAUAAAUAUAAAAUUUUCUCACACUCUGACAGUGACAGUGAAUGCUUCAUGCCAGCUGACCUCUGACCCCUGUGCUCAGGUGUUCAUGCCGCAUCAGUGGCUGGAGGGUAACCUUCCAGUCUCUGCUAAGUGUCACGUGUGUGAUAAGACAUGUGGCAGCGUCCUCCGCCUGCAGGACUGGAGGUGUCUCUGGUGCAAGGCCAUGGUGAGAUAUAAAAGCCUUCUUUACAUCACAGCAGACUUGUAAUGUGAUCACCUGGGUGUACCUGAGCAUGCUGCGCACACAUAUGUUCAGGUGAGUUUAUGUGUUGUUUAGGUGCAUUCAGGCUGUAAGGAGCAGCUGUCCUCUAAGUGUCCUCUUGGUCAGUGCAAAGUGUCCGUCAUCCCUCCCACCGCUUUGAACAGCAUCGACUCUGAUGGUGAGACCCCCCCACUUAGGCUAUCGGGGCAGAGGAAAAAGUGCUUAGAAAGUGAAUCUCGUUCCCCUUUAGUGGGGCAACAUAAACUGUGAUUCAUAAAAUAGCUCUUUUGAUAGUAAGUACUAGAAAGUGGCUUUCUCUACAGGGUGAGACAAAGGACCCCCGAGAAACUUAUAAACAUUGUGUUGAUAUUGACUUUGACAACGUUCCUGAUGACGCUGGGUUUCACAUGACAUGCUACCAGCAAUUUAUUUGCAAAAGGCAUUUGAGAAACAAGAACGUGAUGCAGCCGCGGGUCAGUCAAACCCUUCAGCCAGCAUCGCCGAUUAGUCCGGGAGCCAUGGGGGUGAUUUUUGUCUGAACGUGGUUUCGUCGGUUAAAGUUUUUUUCUCAACUGAUUCUUGCUGCUGGGGGUCCCCUCUUAAGGAAUUAAGAGGGUGCCCAGUGAAAUCGCUUGAGCAUUUUUUGUUAUUAACCCCUUAAUGCCCAAAACACUAAAAAUUCACCCAAAAUAGACUUCUAUGGUUUUUCAUGCAAAAUACCUGAUCUAAAUGCAUAAAAUUUGCUUUCCACAGUGUGUAUCCAUAUAAGUGGAUGUGUACAGUGCAUUAGAUUUAAUAUUUAUGCAUUUUUUUAAUAUUAAUAUCAAAUGUUCUAAUGUGAGAUCAGAAAACAAAAUUAUACACAUCCACAUUCAUUGAUAAACACUACAAAUCAAAUUUGAUGCGCUAAAUCAAUAUUUUUCGAUAAAAUGCCACAAAACCCAAUUUGUGUAUUUUUUUGUUUUUGUUUUGAAAAUUUAAGGGUUAAUGACUUAAAUAUGGUAGGCCUCAAAGGGUUGAUAUGCAUUCAUCCAAAAGGAAACACGACCAGUUCCACUAUUAGACUUUGUAGAAAGCAGAUCUAAUGCAUUUGAUUUGAUUUCUGUGCAUGUACAAUAUCACAGUUUAUUGAUUAUGUUGUUCUGGGCAAUGUUAAAUCUAAUGCACUGUACACAUCCACUUAUAUGGAUACACACUAUAGAAAGCAAAUUUUAUGCAUUUAGAUCAGGUAUUUUGCAUGAAAUACCAUAGAAGUCUAUUUUGGGUGAAUUUUUAGUGUUUUGGGCAUUAAAAAUGCAAAACAAAAAAUGCUCAAGGGAUUUCAGUGGUCACCCUCUUAAUUCCUUAAGAGGGGACCCCCAGCAGCAAGAAUCAGUUGAGAAAAAAACUUUAACCGACGAAACCACAUUCACCCCCAUGGCUCCCGGACUAGAUGCAUCCACGUCCACGGCAUCUGAAACUCCGCGAAAGAAACUUUGCUCGAGGUCAUAGGCUGUAUCGGGACAAAGGAAAAAGUGCCUAGAAAGUGAAUUUCGUUCAACUAUGAUGGUGCUACUUGUUCAAUGCAUUUUUGCAUAGACAAUAGCAUUCUGGACUUUGGGUUAAAAUAUCUACUCAGGCUAUCUGUCCGACUUUUGUCACCAGCCAGAAAUGUACAUAUAUGUGAGUAACCCAAAAAACAAUGAUAUGGUGCUGCUGUUUUUCCUUGUAGAAACUACUAUGUUGAUUCUGGCAAGACAAAAUCUUUCUCAAAUGUCAUAAAUACAUCUACCUAACAUCUGAAACAGUUAUUGGUGCCUUAGUAUACGCAUAAGUGAAUUCAGAUUAUGAAAUGUUGCAAAUUUCUUGAAGAAAACGUCUCAACUCAAGUGAUUUGCACCCAGCACAAUGAAAUAUAAACAGUAAAUUUAGCUAAAAGCUUAUGUUUCUUUUUUUUUUUUUUUAUGUUUUUUUUACAAUGCAACACAACAUGAACAUAGGGUGUUUCUGGUAUAUUACAAUAGAUUGAGUGAUCCAGUACAUUUUUAUAUAGAGCAGGGAAGAAAAGAGAGAGAGAGAAAAAAGAAAAAGAAUUAAACAAAAGAAGGGCGUUGCAGGCAAAUAUACAUUUUUCAUGGCUUCCAGUUGUCUUGAAUUUUGAUUGUUGAAGCCUCAUUGAAAAAGUUAUACUUUCCAUUACAUAAACAUCAUAUAAAAUGUCAUACCAUUCCUCUAUAGAUGGGAUGUCUGGCUUCAGCCAUUUCUUUGUAAUUGCUUUCCUAGCAGCCAUACUCAGCAUUCCAAACAGGCACUUAUUUUUCACACAUAUUAGCUGAAUGUACAAACCCAAAAAGAAGUUCAUCCCAGGUAAAUGUAAUGUCAGAUCCAAAUACAGUUCUAAGUUCUGAAUAGACCUUACGCCAGAAAGUAUUUAUUGUUGGACAUGUCCAAAACAGAUGAAAGUGAUUAGCUUCUUGAGAACGACACAUUCUCCAGCAGCUGGAGGAUCCUGUGUGAUGGCUAGAUUGAGCAGGAGUAAUGAAAUACCUAAUGAGACAUUUCCAGCCAAAUGACCUCCAUGUGUUUGAACUUGAUAUCCUCCACUGAAGUUCACAGUAUUUUAUCCAAGUGUCUUCUGAAAUACAGCUGUUGGUUUCCCUGUCCCACUUUUGUUUUAUGUAAGUGGUACUUAUUACUUUUAUUUCCUGUAGUCCUCUAUAAAGUCUAGAGAUUACUUUGAGCAUGGAAUCUGUCCUGUAUGCACUAAUGAACACUUUUAAUAGACUGUUUUCAAAUGCUUUUUGACUUUUUAACAUAGUGCUGUUUAGGUGGUGGCGUACCUGAAGGAAUCUGAAAAAGUCACUAUUUUUGAGGUCAUGCAUUCUUUUCAACAUCUGAAAGCUCUUAAGUGUUGCCUGGUUAAACCAGGUACAAUAUGACAAUAGACCAUGGCUAACCCAUCCCCUAUAGGUGGUAUCCAUUUUAUUUUGGGCAAAAUCAAGAUGAUGGCAGCACCAAUUCCGGAUCUUUACCUCUUCUACCAUAUCAUUCUUAGUGAUAACCUUAAGCCAUGUUUUCAAUGUUAAGUUGAUCCAUUCGUUUCCUUUCCCCAUCAAGCAAUUAAUUAGUCUUUUAUCUCCUAGCCUUGCUUGAAUUGGCAUUGUUCCUGAUAAAUUUUCUUAAAUUUCUUUCCAUCUUGCUUUGUAAUCUGAAGCACACCAACAGAACAGGAUCCUCAGCUGGGCUGAUAUAUAGUAAUCUUUUAGGCAAGGAAGAGCCAGUCCACCUUUGCUCUUUGACAGUUGAAGAGUUUGGAACCUUAUCCUUGGUUUUUUUCCCUGCCAAAUGUAGCGAGAUAAUAAUUUAUCCCAUUCAUUGAAUUGUUUAUCAUUAAUUCCAAUUGGGAGGGUCUGGAAUAGAUAUAGUAUCCUUGGCAAGAUGUUCAUUUUUACCGUUUCAAUUUGAGAUUCAAAACUUAAUACAGGGAUAAGAUUCCAUCUCCUUAUAUCUUCCUUUAAUUUCUUAUUUAACUUAUCAGAAUUUAGUUUAUAUAAACUCGAUAAAUCUUUUGGGAUAAUGACUCCCAGAUACUUCAUAUGUUCUAGAUUCCAUUUUAGUUGAAUUUUAGAUUUAAUGAUCUGGCUAGAGUCUUAUGGAUGUUUAAUUUAUAGCCUGAGACCGAGCUGAAGUCAUCUAAGAAUGAUAGCAGUUCCAACAUUGAAUUUUCGGGGUUUGAAAAACUAAUUAAAACAUCAUCCACAAGUAAAGAAAUCUUAUAUUCCUGUUCUAAUAUUUUUAUUCCAGUAAUAUUCUUGUUUUGAGUAAUUCCCUGACUUAGUGGUUCUAUAAACAGAGCGAACAGCAAUGGGCUCAAUGGGCAGCCUUGCCUGGUCCCUCUUUCCAGGCCAAAUUGGUUAGAUAUUGCUCCAUUAAUUUUUAUUUUGGCUUUUGGUUCAUUGUAUAAUGCCUUAAUAGAUUUAAUAAACAUUUGAUGAAAUCCAAAUUUGUCUAAUAAUUUUUAAAUAGGAAUUCCCAAUUAACGCGGUCAAAAGCCUUCUCGGCGUCAAGACUUAGCAUUACAGCUUGGAGUUUAUUUUUGUUUAUCUGUUCGACCACAUGUAGCAUUCGGUGAAUGCUGUCUUGUGUCUGUCUUUGUUGAAUAAAACCUAUUUGAUCUAGACUUAUUAUCUGAGGAAGAAUUUUUUCAAGUCUUUUUGCCAUAAUGUGGGUAUAGAUCUUAUAAUCUUGGUUUAGAACACUUAUUGGCCGAUAGCUUCCACAGUCUGACCUGUCUUUUCCUUCUUUUGGUAUCACAGAAAUCACUGCUUCCCUCCAAGAGGGAGGAGUACUGCCAGUUUUAAGCACAUGGUUAAAAGUAGUUUUCAUUUUAGGGGAGAGUAGGUCCUUCAUCUCCUUGUACCACUCGGCCGGGAAUCCGUCUGGCCCUGGCGCUUUAUUCAUCUUUGAAUGUGAUAUUGCCUUUUUAAUUUCUUCAUCUGUAAUUUCACUGGUUAACAGCUUAUUUUGUUCAUCAGUAACUUUGGGAAAUUUUAUGCGUUUCAAAAAGGCUUCCAUUGCUUCACCAUCUGUUGUAGGUUGGGUAUAUAGAUUAGCACAAAAUCUUUCAAAGGUUUGUUGGAUAUCAUUUAUUUUGUAAUGUGUAGUGUUAGUAAUGGGGUCCCUUAUUUUGUGUACUGUAUAUUCUGCCUGUUGCUUUUUUAGUUUGUAGGGUAAUAAUUUAGCAGAUUUGCCCCCUACUUCAUAAUAUUUUUGUUUUAGAAAGGUUAAUUUUUUCUUUAUAUCAUUAGAAUAAAUUUCAUUUAGUUCGUUUUUUUUCUUGUUCAUUUCCAUUUUUAUUGUUGGCUUUAGUGUCUUUUUAUGUAAGUUCUCUAAUUUUCCCAGUUCCGACUGUAACUGUUCAAUUUUUGCUUUUCUCUGUUUUUUCAAAUUGGAGCAGUAGCCUAUAAUUUUUCCCCGUUGAACCACUUUGCAAACGUCCCAGAGAAUUUGUGGGGAUACAUCUCCGUUGUCAUUUUCAUCGAAAUAUUGCUUUAUAUCCGUUUUUAUUUGUUCCCGUAUUGAGCCUAGGAGCCCUGCAUUUAGCCUCCAAAUGGGGGUCUUUUUAUCAGUGUCCAAUGUUACCUUUAAAUAGACUGGUGCAUGUUCUGAUAAAUCCAUAGUCCCUAUAUUGCAUUCUUUAACCCUAUGAAUAUCCCUUUGAAACAUUAGAUAGUAAUCCAGCCUAGAAUAAAUCGAAUGCGGAUGUGAAAAAAAGUCUUUUUUAGUUGGGUUCAGUUCUCUCUAAAAAUCCGAGAGACCCAUUUCCCUCAUCAUUAUUUUUAUAUUUUUAGUCGUCUUUUUCUCUCCUGUAUAACAGGGUUUUGAUGCAUCCAGGGUAGGGUGUAGUCUAACAUUGAAAUCUCCACCACAGAUUAGGGUUCCCUAGGCAUCUGAAACUAAUAACUCAAAAAUCUGUUUAAAAAGAGUCCACUCGGAUGAUGGAGGAGUGUAGACAUUCAGAAAGGUAACUAAAGCACCCUGUAAGUAACCUCAGACCAACACAAAUCUCCCAUCUGGGUCUUUCUUUUCAUAUGUGCAUUCAAAAUUUAAUUUCUUAGAGAUUAAGAUGACUACCCCUCUCUUAGAACCAUGUCUAUCGGAAGAUGAAUAUUGAGUAAAUCUCCAUUUUGUGAGUUUUUCUUGUUCUGAAUCUGAUAAAUGUGUCUCUUGGAGAAGAGCUACCUCUAUUUCUUCUCUCUUUAAUUUUGCCAUAAUUUUGCUUCUUUUAAUUGGAUUGCCUAAACCAUUUACAUUAAAAGUAAUGACCUUAGUUGACUUUUGCAUAAUAUGUCAUUUAGGUAUCCUUUAAUUUCUGAGCAACUAAACAAAAAGAAAAUAUUCCUGCACCCCUGAUGCUAUAGGUAACGAUAACACCCACGUAAACAUUUACUACAACAAAAUAGAGAACGUCAUAAUAAAAAUACAUGCUGACUUCCAAUGAUGAGGCCUCUUCUUUAGCCUCAUAACUCAGGUGGAACGUGAGUUUAGAGGGAAAGUCUCUUCCAUUGAGUGAUGUGAGAGGGCCCUCUUCAGCCUCUAACCUGUUACACAGGUCCAUUAUGUCCAGUGAAUUGUCUCAAAUUCAAGUGUAGUUUUCCUUAUGCCCUUAAAAUUUACAUACUUUUGCAUCAGAUGGGCUAUGUUUACUUUUAUAAUAUGAUUUUCAUUAUCUCAGAUUCAAGUCACAAGGGGAUAUCAGUGUGUAAUCAAUUAUUACAUUAUCAAUACUUAUCAAGUGUCCCGUCGAAAUCUUUGAAGUUGCUCCCUGAAGCCGUGGGGAGCCCCAGGCCUUUGAUUAGCAAAUCUUCCACGUAUGCUAUCAUUGUUGCUGCGCCUUCUUCGGCUCCCUCCUUCACCCAGUACAGUCUGACAUUUUCCCGUCGCAAGCGCCCCUCAGGGUUCAUCAGUUUAGCCCCUGUUUGCUCCUGGAGUUUCACCAACUCAGCCACAACCUCCUCUGUUGACUGGAUACGUGUCUCCGCUGUGUCUAAAAGCUUAUGUUUCAUACAUAAAAAUGACACAACCUACUGUGUAAUAAAAGCAAUAAAAUAUAAACAGCACAUCAUGGCCAUAAAUGGCUGAAAGUCAAUCAAAUUGCUACCACACCCCCCAAAAUUGAAGUAAUGGAAAAAAUGUAACAAGACAAAAAUAAAUUCACGAAAGGUCUGAAUUAAUUCAAAAUAUGGUAUAAAACAUUUAUUCAAGUAUCACAGUAUCAAAACAUCUGACAUUUAUCAAUCCCUCCAGAAUAUGAAAAUAAAGAUCAAAACACAAACGCAGACAAAUGUAGAACAAAUAUGAAAAUAAUAAAAAUCUCAAAUCUCGGUGUAGCAAUCCUUUAAAGAAAACAAAUUGUACAUGGUGACAUGGUGCGUUUAUUACGCAUCACUAUCACUUUUAUCAGAGUCAUCAUCCUAUACAGCUCUUUCUUCUGUUUCCUUUGAAGCAUUCUCACAUGCUUGGCACCGACAUAAAUCAGUGCAACAUGGUCUUGCAGACAUACAAGUACAUCCAUACAUUCACAGGUUGUGACUCGACCAGUGCCUUUCAUGGCAAGGGCAAAAGGAAAACAUUUUCUGUUGCUUGUCAGAAAGAAGAAUACCUGACUGGGUUUGCAAAUCUGGGCAACAGUUUAAACCUUGACCAAUCCACCUUUAACACACUGAGUAAUUAUGUGUGCCACCUGUAUGGCCAGUCAUCUGCCAAAAAUGUAAAUGAUACCAGAUACAAAUCUUUCUGCAUGGCCUCGUCAGCUUUGCCAGAACUGUCCAUUCCCCCAACAAGUGACGCCCUGUACCAACACUGCAUGAGAGCAAACUACCAAGCAGCGGUGAUGAAACUUUCUCUGACUGGUAAAAUGUGUGCCCCUUCUCACUUUCUUCACAAAUCCUGCCCCUGAUUAUGUUUUGCAGAUAGUCCGCUGUAGUUGCAAGACAACCAAAUGUGAGACUGAACAAUGUUCUUGUAUGUCUGCAAGACUAUCUUGUACAGAUUUAUGUCGGUGCCAAGCAUGUGAGAAUGCUUCAGAGGAAACAGAAGAAAGAGCUGUAUGGGAUGAUGACUCUGAUGAAAGUGAUAAUGAUGCGUAAUAUACGCACCAUGGCAAUCAGACUCAGCUCCUAUUGGUGCACAUGACAAAAAUCGCUUCACCCCUCGGCAUAUUCGAUUGCGCGUGUGCAAUAGUUCGACAACGAAAACAUUGAUUACUAAAAAUCGACUGGAUGGCAUGAGUAGAUAUUUUUUUUUAGUACUUACUAUCAAAAGAGCUAUUUUAUGAAUCACAGUUUAUGUUGCCCCACUGAAGUGGAACGAACCAAUACGAUCUCGCUCAGCCAAUACAGCCUAACUGUACACCUGACUUUUUCUGCUGCACAUCAGGACUCAUGCCUUACCUGUGUGUUCAGGUUUCUGGAAGGCCUCCUGCCCUCCAUCCUGCACAAGCCCGCUGCUCGUCUUUGUUAACUCCAAGAGCGGAGACAACCAGGGCGUCAAAUUCUUGAGACGCUUCAAACAACUGCUGAAUCCUGCACAAGUGUUUGACCUGAUGAACGGAGGGCCUCACCUGGGGUAAGACACAGAGACAGAGACACAUAAAAAAACCAGAGACAGUAUCUAAAAUAUACAUCUGUCUCCCCUCAGUCUGCGUUUGUUCCAGAAGUUUGACACAUUCAGGAUCCUGGUUUGUGGUGGAGACGGCAGCGUUGGUUGGGUUCUGUCUGAGAUUGACACUCUGACACUGCACAAGCAGGUACACAUACACACACAUGGUUUGUUGGUGCUGUAAGGUGUGGUUGAAGUGGUCUGGUCUGGUUUGAAGAUUUGUCCCUCUGGUUGUCUGCUCAUUUUGAAAGAAAGACAAACAUCAGAGCUGAUCCUGUUCAGAUCACCUGGGUCACAUUUCCACUGUCUCUUGGUUAUGUGUUGCAGUGUCAGCUUGGGGUUCUUCCUCUGGGGACAGGGAACGACCUGGCCCGAGUCCUGGGCUGGGGCUCAGCCUGCGACGAUGACACUCAACUCCCCCAGAUCCUGGAGAAACUGGAGAGAGCCAGCACUAAGAUGUUAGACAGGUUAGGAGGUAGAAAGGGAAAGGGGAGAAAGGUGAGGGGGGUGACAGGCAAGGGGGAGACAGGGGAGGUGGCAGGGGAGGGGGCAGAUAAUUUAGUUGGAAAGGACACCUGCAUAACAAUUGGCCCGAUAUUUAGUCAGUGAGGUUUCCUCAGGUGUGUCCUCAGGUGGAAACUAACUCCAGGUUUCAAUGAAGAACAGUGAUUAUGUUAAAAGGAAGUAAUCCUUACCUGUUUUCUGCCCCUGCAGGUGGAGCAUCAUGGUGUAUGAGACCAAGUUUCCACGGCAACACUCUGCCUCCACUGUCACUGAGGACUGCAGCGAUGACUCAGAGGUAACAGGAGGGGGCGGAGUCACACAUCUAAUAAACUAUCAUAAAAAUGUUAAAAAACGUGUACACACCUGUACUGACCCCAAACACACACCUUCACCUGUCCUGUGUGCUGUGAUUCAGGUGCAGCAAAUUCUGACCUAUGAGGACUCAGUGGCUGCUCAUCUAUCAAAGAUCCUAACCUCAGACCAGCACUCUGUAGUCAUCUCUUCAUCAAAGUACGACAUCUUAUAUGAUUGUCUUUGUGUUUGUCAAUCUGUCUGUCUGUCUGUCUGUCUGUCUGUCUCUCUAACUAUCUCUUGCUCAGUGCAUGUGCUGUAAACAAAUGUUUACUGUUAAUGUGUAAUGAGGUGUGUGCACAGAUGUAGAUGUGUGUGAUACUGAGUUUAGAUGCAAUAGAAAUAAGUAGAAAAAAUGGAUUUGAUGGUUUGCAAACAAUUAAAAGUUUAUAUUUAUCCAUCCAUCCAUCCAUCAUCAGCCACUUAUAUGGGGAGUCGAGUCGCGGCGGCAGCAACCUGAGCAGAGAAGCCCAGACUUCCCUCUCCCCAGCCACUUAGUCCAGCUCUUCCCGGAGGAACUCAAGGCGUUUCCAGGCAAGCUGAGAGACAUAGUCUCUCCAGCAUGUCCUGGGUCUUCCCCGCUGUCUCCUUCCGGUGGGAUGUGCCCUAAACGCCUCACCAGCGAGGCGACCUGGAGGCAUCCUAAUUAGAUGCCCAAGCCAUGUCAUCUGACUCCUCUAAAUGGAGAGGAGCAGCGGCUCUACUCUAAGCCCCUCCUGAAUGACCAAGCUUCUCACCCUAUCUCUAAGGGAGAGCCCAGUCACCCUUUGGAGGAAACUCAUUUUGGUCGCUUGUACUUGCGAUCUUGUUCUUUUGGUCAUUACCCAUAGCUCGUGACCAUAGGUGAGGGUAGGAAGGUAGAUCGGAAUUCCAAAGCUUUGCCUUUCAGCUCAGCUCCCUCCUCACCAUGACAGAUCUGUGCAGCGUCCACAUCACUGCUGACAUGGCACUGAUCCACUUGCCAAUCUCCCACUGCAUUGUUCCCUCACUCGUGAACAAGACCCAGAGAUAUUUGAACUCCUCCACUUGGGGCAGGAUCUCAUCUCUGACCCGAAGGGGCCACUCCACCUUUUUCCAGCUGAGAACCAUGGAUUCAGAUUUGGAGGUGCUGAUUCUCAUACUGGCCGCUUCCCCUUGGCUGCCAACCGAUCCAGUGAGAGCCAAAGGUCAUGGCUCGAUGAAGCCAUCACUACCACGUCAUCUGCAAAAAGCAGUGACCCAGUCCUGAGGCCACCUCUCAAUGCCCUGGCUGCGCCUAAAAAUUCUGUCCAUAAAAUUUAUGAACAGAAUCAGUGACAAAGGGCAGCCCUGGCGGAGUCCAACCCUCACUGGAAACGAGUCUGACUUUCUACCGGCUAUGCGGACCAAGCCCUGGCACCGGUUGUACAAAGAACAGCCCUUGUCAGGGUGUUCGGUACCCCAUACUCCCAGAGCAACCCCCACAGGAUUCCCCGAGGUACACUGUCAAAUGCCCUCUCCAAGUCCACAAAACAUGUGAACUGGUUGGGCAAACUCCCAUGUACCCUGGAGGACCUUGCUGAGAGUGUAGAGCUGGUCCACAGUUCCACAAUCAGGGCAAAAACCACAUUGCUCCUCCUGAAUCUGAGAUUCGACUAUCUGGUGAACCCUCCUCUCCGGGACCCCUAAAUAGACCUUUCCAGUGAGACUGAGGAGUGUGAUUCCCUUAUAGUUGGAACACACCCUCCGAUCCGCCUUCUUGAAAAAGGGGACCACCACCCCAGUCUGCCAAUCCAGGGCAUUGCCCCGAUGGCCACACAAUGUUGCAGAGCCGUAUCAACCACGACAGCCCCACAACAUCCAGGGCCUUGCGGUACUCAGGGUGGAUGUCAUCCACCUCUUGGACCUUACCACCAAGGAGCUUGUUAACCACCUCGGCAACCCCAGUCCCAGUGAUAGAAGAGCCCAUAUCUGAGUCCCCCAGCCCUGCUUCCACCCUGGAAGGCAUGUUGGUGGGAUUGAGGAGGUCUUAGAAGUAUUCUCUCCUCUGAUCAACAACGUCCCGAGUAGAGGUCAGCAGCACACCAUACACAGUGUUGACAGUGCACUGCUUUCUCCUCCUGAGACGCCGGAUGGUGGUCCAGAACCUCUUUGAAGCUAUCCGGAAGUUGUUUUCCAUGGCCCCACAGAACUCCUUCCAUGCCGGGGGUUUUGCCUCAGCAACCACUUAAGCCGCAUUCCGCUUGUCCUUCCAGUACCUAUCAGCUGCCUCCAGAGACCCACAGGCCAAAAAGGCCCUAUAGGAUUCUUUUUCAGCUUGACGGCAUCCUUCACCACUGGUAACCACCAAGGGGUUUGGGUAUUGCCGCCACGCCAAUCAGUUGCCUCAACAGUUGAGGCGCAGAACAUAGACCACUCAGACUCAAUGUCCCCUGCCUCCCCUGAGACAAGGUUAAAGCUCUCGCGGAGGUGGGAGUUGAAGCUCCUUCUGACAGAAGACUCUGCCAGACACUCCCAGUAGACCCAUACAAUGUAUUGGGUCUGCCAGGUCUUAAUGGCACCCCCACCAUUGGAGACAACUCACUGCCAGGUGGUGAUCAGUUGACAGCUCUGAGGACGAAAAAGCCGAGGACACACAAUGAGCAACUUCACCUGAGUGUCCAACUGAAGAAAAAAAAAUAAAGAUAAAUGUCAGAGGGAUCUUCAAGUCCUCUGGUAUUACAAACAGACAGGAAUCUGUAGUGGAAAUCACUGCAAGGCUCUAAAUCACUCUCAAAAACCAUUGUGUGUGAACACAGUUCAUCACUGCAUAGAAACAGAUAAAAACAGGAUUCAGACACACCAGAGACUUAUUUGGACCUGAGCCAGUUUAAGGUGGACUGGUCUUUUGUCUCCUAAAUCAAAAUCUGACUUUCUUUUUCGGAAAUCAUGGACGCUGCAUCCUCCUCUCUAAAGAGUAGAAGGUCCACCCGGCUUGUUCUCAGCUUCCAGUCCAAAUCCAGCAUCCAUGAUGAUAUGGGGAUCAUCAGAGUCCAAGUCAUGGGUAUCUUUCACAUCUGUGAAGGCCCCAUUAAUGCUGAACAAUAUCCACAGGUUUAGGAGCAACAUCAGCUGACAUCCAGACAAAGACUUUUUCAGGAAAUACCUUCAUAUUUCAGCAAGACAAUGACAAACCACAUUCUGACAACAGGGAUUACAACAGCAUGGCUCUGUAGGAGAAGAGUCCUGCUGAGAAACUGACUUGUCCCCCACUGCAUUAGGACUCUAAAAACAGGACAAAGGUGACCCUGAAAUCAGGCAAGAAUGGGACAACAUUUCAGAACCUGGUCUGCUGGGUUCACUAAGGUCUACAGAGGGUUGGUAGAAGAAAAGCCGAGGACACACAAUGAGCAACAUAAACCUAGAAGUACUUUUUAUAGACAUGUUACUGACAUAAACAUUUCAUCUCUGCACCAUUUUUAGUUAAAUAUGAAUUUUUAUUGAUGAACAACCAUACUUUACAUUUUUUGUGUGGGUGUUUUGUGUGUUCAGGGUGCUGUGUGAGACAGUGAAGGACUUUGUGGCUCGUGUUGGGAGAGCGUAUGAAAAGAACACUGAGAAUUCAGAUGAGUCAGAAGCCAUGGCUAAGAAGGUAACUGACCUACACACCUGAUUAACACUCGUGAUCAAACUAUGGACUCAAACGAUGAAUAGGUCCAUGGGGCUAAGCCCCGAGGCACCAUUGUUAUACUGUGUUUUUUUUUUCUUAUUCCUCUCCAGGACAAAUUUCAAUUCACUACGAGUCCAACAGCUUAAAGAGUUGUAGGAAAAAUUAUAUAUAAAAAUAUGCGGUUUGAUCAGGAUCAGUGCUUUUACUUUUCUAUAUUGUAUAUACAUUUUUUUUGCACCAUAAGUUGCAAAAAAAUUCAGAAUCAUUUCACAUUGAAGUCAAUAGGUCAGGCCAACAAAAAAAGUUAUUGGAUUUUUUUCCAAACCUCUACUGCUCAUGCUCUUUUUUUUUUUUGGGUUGUAUAAAUAAAUAAAAAAGGAAUGUUUGCUGUUGGUGGGCUCCUUUUAUAUAAUAUCACAGUAGUAUUAAAAGUAUAUUAUUUGAAAUCUCUGAAGAAUCUCAUCAUAAUGUACAAACCCCGGCAGUAACCCCCCGUGGCCUUUUCAAAAUUUUCCAGAGGGAAUUUUCUAGUAGAUUCCUACUAUUUUGAGCCAUCAACAACUUUUUGUGUCAUAUAUGAGGGUUUCUUUUUUUAUGCUUUCCUUUUAGUUCCAGUUGAUCAGUUGAUUCUGUUUAAAGUGAACAGAAUUUAACCUGAAAACCUGUUAAAGUCAGCCUUCAGUUUCGACUCAUGUGACCGAUGCUCUUUGCUGCUGGUCUUUAAGUUUUUCUCUACCUCGGCAGAGCAGGUAAGGUCCAGGUCCCUCAGGUUUUAAAGGUGAUUUAACAAGAAAUGUAUCAAUGAAAGAACUAAAUAUGACAUUAGUGUCCAUAAAAUGGGAUCUACUUCCCUCCUGAUCAUACUUACUUCAGCUGGGAUCACUAACACCAAUGUGAGAGUCAGGUACAACAAGGUGAGCUCACCUGACAGGUCAAAACGUACCUGACGGGUCAAAGCACACCUGAUAGAACAUCAGUGACCUGCAACUGUGACAACCAGUAAGAAUAAAUGAUGUCUAUUUUUAUGACUCUGUGUGUUUCUAUGUCUUUCUGUGUGUCUGUCUCAGUGUGGUGUCCUGAAAGAGAAGCUAGACUCUCUGUUAAAGACACUGAACGAAGAGUCUCAGGCCUCUACCUUGCCUGCUCCCGCUCCUCCCCCAACCAUCGCUGAGGAGCAGGAGGAGACAGAGGGAAUCACAUUGCCCCCUCUACACUCACCCCCACCUGCCACCUGCUCCCCUCGUGUGAAUUCCUCCCCCUCCUCAUCUGCGGCUGCAACCAUCUUUAAACCUCGAGAACAGCUGAUGCUGAGAGCAAACAGCCUGAAGAAAGCCAUCAGACAGAUAAUUGAACACACGGAGAGAGGUGAGGGUGAGGGAUUGGGGAGACCGAAUAUUGGGGGGGGGGUUAGGGUUAGGCAGCAAGAGGGUGAGAAAGGUACCAAAAAGGGGAAAGCAGCGAACAAGAGGGGUGACAAAGGCACCGAGAGGAGUAAGGCAGGCUGGAGGACAGAUACAGAGAGAGAGUUGUACUUGUACUCAGAAGUUAGUCAUUAUGGAAAAAUGAGAAGUUCCAGUUUUAUAAUUAGAUUUACAUGAAACAGUGAUGACUAUGUGUGUGUGUGUGUGUGUGUGUGUGUGUGUGUGUGUGUGUUCAGCUGUGGAUGAGCAGAAUGCUCAGACUCAACAGCAGCUCUUCUCUCUAACCCGGGCGGAGGAAGAGGAGGGUCUGGUGGAGGAGGAGGAGGAGCUGGAGGAAGAUAAGAUGUCCCUACAGUCUUCCCACAGCUCCAGACAACGCAACACACACAGAGGUGAGUCAUACCUGUAGUGGUCAGUACUUCAGGAGGUUUUUGAUUGUCAGCUGGAAUGAAUGUUGUGAUGAUAUCUGUGUCCCAAGGAACACUCUUUCUGACUCUGAUCACAGCUGAGAGGUUUGUUUUUGUUUUGCCUUUAUAAAAUGUGAUGAAGCACAGCUCAAUCAUGUUCAGCUAAUCACAGUCAGCAUGUCUCCACUUUGGAGGUCUGGGACACCCAUCACUAAGCUAAGCUUUAGUCAGCAAUAUAGGUCAAAAGUAGGCCUGCACGAUAUAUCGUUUGAGCAUCGUCAUCGCGAUGUACGUGUGUGCGAUAGUCACAUCGCAGAGCUUGCGAUGUCGGAGGUGAAUGAACUCAGUUAAUUUCAAGAGUAACUGACUGAGAUACACUGCAUGUGACUCUGCAUGUGCUGUGCAGCGAUCCACCAAUCACCUUCGUCCUUUACUCAGUUGCCAAUCAGACUCAGUUCUCAGUUGCCAAUCAGACUACUCUGCCAGCUGUCAAUCAAAAUCAGAGAGGAGGAAACCCACCCAUGCACAUGUUCUGCACAUGGAGUUAGUCGCUGGCUGCUGGUGUUGAGCCGAGAAACGCGUGUCCGCUGAGAAUUACUUUCGGAACUUUACUCAUGACUGUUAAGCCCAACAAAUAAGAACUGUAUGGGUUUUAAAAUGUAUAUUUCCGUGGACCACUCUACUAUAAGUGGUGCGCGUUUGCGAGGUGCAUGCAAUUCUCGGAGGACAUGCGUUUCUCGGCACAACACCGCUAACAACAACAACGACGAUUGCAAAAUGAGCAACGAACAAGAGAAAACCACCGAAAAUUAAGAUUUGUUGCCAAAAAGAAAAGGAAAGUCAGUUAUCUGGAAUUAUUUCGGUUAAAAGAAGGAUGAUGUCGACCAAAACACGUGUUCUGUGUUCAUCUGUCGCCACAAUGACGUCCCAGCACAAUAAAAGCUAAAAAUAUCUCUGAGACAGACAGAAGCCAUUCUAACAUUCACAAAAAGAGGUAAGAUCAGUGCAGAUUAACUGUCCUCAAGACCUCAGCGGUGCAGCAUAACAUUAAAUGCUAUUCAGGUCAUCUGGUGAAAAUUCCUAUAUUUUUAAUAUUGCAAUAUAUAUCGCAGGGUUGAAAAAAAUCGCAAUGUUAGUUUUUUCCAAUAUCGUGCAGCCUUAGUCAAAAGUCAGAGGAAAGGUCAUAGACGGUAGAAACAGUCUUACAUCAAUUAACUCCUUCAGUGUCUGUGUCUGCAGACAUUUAAGAGUCUGUGGCCUUGUCCACACAUAGCCAGGUUUUUGCCAAAACAAAUAUAUUUUUAUGUUUGGCUUGUCAUCCACACAAAACCGCGGGAUUAAGUCAUUAAAACAGGGCUUUUGGAAAACUCUGGCUUUGCAUUUGUGUGUGGACAUUGUCCGCAAAAACUAAUAGAUAAACGUCAUAUACCAUGCGCCCUUGUUUAUGUCAGGCAGUGGACGGCACAGAUAUAUACAGAAUACAGUCAUGGCCAAAAAUAUUGGCACCCCUGCAUUUCUGUCAGAUAAUGCACCACUUUUCUCAGAAAAAUUGUUAAAAUUACAAAUACUUUGGUAUUCACGUUUAUUUCUUUUGUUUGCAUUGAAACAACAACAAAAAAAGCAGAGAAAAAGUCAAAUCUGACAUUAUUUUAAACAGAACUCCAAGUGGACAGGACAAAAUUAUUGGCACCCUUAACUUAAUAUUUGGUAGCACAUCCUUUGGAACAAAUAACUGAAGUCAAUCUCUUCCUGUAACCAUCAAUGAGUUUCUUACACCUUUCUACUGGAAUUUUGGACCACUCUUCUUUUGCAAACUGCUUCAGGUCUCUCAGAUUUGAAGGCUGCCUUCUCCCAACUGCUGUUUUUAGAUCUCUCCACAGGUGUUCUAUAGGGUUUAGAUCUGGACUCAUUGAUGGUCACUUCAGAACUCUCCAGCGCUUUAUCUUAAGCCAUUUUUGUGUGCUUUCUGAAGUAUGCUUUGGGUCGUUGUCCUGCUGGAAUACCCAUAACCUCUGAAGGAGACCCAGCUUCCUGACACUGGACCAUACAUUAUGCCCCAAAAUUCUUUGGUAGUCUUCAGAUUUCAUGAUGCCAUCAACACAGUCAAGGCAUCCAGUACCAGAAGCAGCAAAGCAACCCCAAAACAUCAGUGAACCACCACCGUGUUUGAUUGUCGGGAUGGUGUUCUUUUCUUUGAAGGCCUUAUUUCGUUUUCUGUAAACCAUGUGACGAUGUGCUUUACCAAAAAGCCUGUCCACAGGACAUUCUCCCAGAACGAUUGUGGCUUCCUCAGGUAAGUAUUUGCAAACUCCAGUCUGGCUUUUUUAUGUCUCUGUGUCAGCAGCGGGGUCCUCCUGGGUCUCCUACCAUGGCGUCCCUUUUCAUUGAUGAGGCGACGGAUAGUGCGAGCUGACACUGUUGUACCCUGUGUCUGCAGGUCAGCUUGAAUUUGUUUGGAAGUGGAUCGAGGUUCUUUAUCCACAAUUUGAACAAUCCUUUGUUGCAUUCUUUCAUCAAUUUUUCUCUUCCUUCCACGUCCAGGGAGGUUAGCUACAGUGCCAUGCACUUUACAUUUCUCGAUGACAUUGCGCACGGUGGACACAGGAACAUUCAGAUCUUUGGAGAUGGACUUGUAGCCUUGAGAUUGUCCAUGCUUUUCCACAAUCUUGGUUCUUAAAUCUUCUGAGAGUUCUUUGCUCUUCUUUCUUUGCUCCAUGCUCAGUGUGGUACACACAACACAAGGGUUGAGUCAACUUUUCUCUUUUAACUGGCUGCAAGUGUGAUUUCUAUAUUGCCAGCACCUGUUACUUGCUACAGGUGAGUUUAAUUACAAAUUAAAGGAGCCUCACAUGCUUAGAAUACAACUAUUUCUUACAAUUUUAAAGGGGUGCCAAUAAUUUUGUCCAGUCCAUUUUUGGAGUUCUGUUUAAAAUAAUAUCAGAUUUGAAUUUUUCUCAGCUUCUUUUUUGUUGUUUCAAUGCAAACAAAAGAAAUAAACAUGUGAAUCGCAAAGCAUUUGUAAUUUCAACAAUUUUAUGGGAGAAGUGGUGCAUUAUCUUACAGAAAUGCAGGGGUGCCAAUAUUUUCGUCCAUGACUGUAUAUAUUUUUGUUAGGAGCAAAGGAGAAGGAGUGCUCUAUUCUAGAUCAAAUAGCCCUUCCUCCACCUUUCUUGUGUCUGGUUGACUUUAUACUCCAAAUGUUGCCUAAAAGCUAUUCCACCUCUUUGUCAGUCCACACGAACCAACUGCUGGGCGCUAUGUUUCAUAUUUGGGGGGAAAAGACAACGAGAAAGGGAAGCUUGCUCUGAUUGGAUAGAAUGGGCCUAACUUUUUGGCAAAUACUACCAACUCCAGGUCUGGCAUGCUUAUAACUGCAGUCAAUAAGAAGAAUAAGAAUAAGAAAUAAGAAUAACUUUAUUAAUCCCUGAAGGGAAAUUCAAUUGUCUGUUAUCUCACGUAAUAUGUCUGCAAAAAAGUUAUCUACUGUUUACAAAAGAGUUAGAAAGUCUAAUGGCUGUUGGUACAAAAGAUCUUCUGAAUCUUUCUGUCCUGCAGCAAAGAGAGAGGAGCCGUCCAACACCAUUGGCCCUUUGGUCCAUCAAGGUGUUAUGAAGUGGGUGAUCCAUGUUCUUUAGAAUAGACUCCACCUUCCUCAGUGUAGAUCUCUCCACCUCAUCCUACACUGAGUCCAGCUUGAGUCCAACCACAGAGCCAGCCUUUUUCACCAGUUUGUUAAGGUUUUGCGUCUUUGUGUUUGAUGCUUCCUCCCCAGCAGAAGACUGCAGUGUAUAACAGAACACUUGCUACCACAGAAUGAUAAAACAUCUGCAGCAUCUUACUACAGAUGUCUAUUGAUCGGGGUCUUCUCAGGCAAAAGAGGCGGCUCUGCCCCUUUUUGUAGAUGAAGUCUAUAUUCUUAGACCAGUGUAACUUAUUAUCCAGAUGUAGACCUAGAUAUUUAUAUGAUGUCAUCACUUCGAUGUCCACUCCACGGGUGUUUGCUGGCUGAAAAGGGGGUUUGGAUCUGUGGAAGUCUAUGACCAUCUCCUUUGUCUUUGAGGUGUUGAGUAGGAGGCAGUUUCUGUGACUUCAGUCACUAAAGACUCUUAUCAGAUCUCUUUAUUCAGCUUCUUGUCCAUUUCUGAUACAUGCCACAAUAGCAGUGUCAUCUGAGUAUUUCUAGAUGUGGCAGGGCUCAGUGCUGUAUUUGAAGUCUUAUGUAUACAAUGUGAACAGGACUGGAGCCAGGACUGUCCUUAUAGAGUCCCUGUACUGCUCAUUAAUGUCCCAGAAACACAGUUCCACAGCCUGACAAACUGUGGCCUUCCUGUCAGGUAAUCUGUGAUCCAGGCAACACAGGAAGGAUCCACUCCCAUCUCUGUGAGCUUGUCUUUAAGUAUGCAUUUGAAAAGUUGAAGAACAUGAUCCUCACAUAAACCCCAGGUUCCUUCAGAUGAGACAGGGCAUGGUAAAGCAUGUAGAGGACAGCAUCAUCCACUCCAAUGUGUUCUUUGUAUGCAAACUGCAGAGAAUCCAGUUUGAUUAAAGUUUCUAAGUGAAAGUAUGAAGGAAUUAGAAGACGAAGUUGAGAACAUCUGUAGCCUUUUCUUAUUGACUCCCAUUAUAACAGAGUUUAAAACAAAUCAGAGUAGUUUGAAAUGUUUGAAUGGGAUGAAAAAUGUUGAAGACGUGGAAUAUUGCUGAAAAGUUUGUGAAUAUUUUGUUUCUUGAUUGAAGUUUCUAUGUGGAAGUAUAUAGAAGUACAAGGCUUUUGAAGUUGUGUAAAAAAUGUGAGAAAAGGGGCUGUUUUUAACAUUCCAUAAUGCAUUUCGGGAGAUUUUUUUAUUAUUAUUAUCAUCAUGUGAUUGACUUAAUACGUAAACUGAGCACUUCAGAAAUCGGCCCUUUAAAUGACACUUGGACGGUCAGCAAAUCAUCCUGGCUCCUUCGCUGACGAGAACCAAUCAUAGGCCAAACUGCGUUCCAUUAUUCCAAUCAUGCGCACACUCUUCACGUGUACUUGGAGUGCUUGGAGAGCCUGUGGUAGCAUUGCAAAGCUGCGAGAAUGAGAAGCAGGACUUACCCACGCCGGUGUUGUGCCGUAGAAUGCACCCCUGCCGUAGAAUGCCCCCCUGACGAGAGUGCGGUUAAAAGUACACAACAAGGCGAAAUAAUCCAAGUUUUCCUUACCGUUGGACGGAUUCAAAAGCGGGUGCCUUCAAUGACUUCAUUCAGGUUCUAGAACUUGUUGUCCUAUGCUUUGGCCCAUGCUUGAAGCCUUUUGUGACAAAAUAAAAACAUGUGAACCCUGGUCUUUGUAACACUCCUUUUCGCCGCUGAUGUUAUUCAUUGAUUCAUUAAAACGUAAUGGUUUUGAGCCAUCUAAAAUAGCGAAAGCGGGCGUCUCGCGUUUACUGCUCUGCAGGGCUCUCAAGUCUCACACAUUCAGCGUGUGACACACGCAUUCCCACCCGUUAACACGCUCACACGCCACACAUGGUAUUUCUCACGCAUUUAUAUGAACAUGGUGAUGUCCACAAAGUUGCACCUCUGUAACAAUGGAACAGGUAGAAAUCAACUGAGUUCCUCCGAGAGUUCAGAAGCUGCGUGCCACGCACAAGCCAAUCAAAUAAAGUAUAUCUACUGAACAGCCAAUCAAAAAGCAGCAUUGCUGUAUCCGGGUAGAUUUUGAUAUCUUGCGGUUUGACUACAGAAGAAGACAGACACUCGCCGAAAUAGAGCAGGUUUUUAUAAGGACGAGAAAGACCCGAUGAUUACAGUACGUCAGUAACCUACACAUGCAGAGACCUCAGCACCUCAUGGCAGAUAAACUCAUAUGAUAAACUAAAGCCCUAUGCUAUUGCUAUUAACAGCUGUAUUGAUGAAUUUAGCCUCUGUACAGCCAUUUCCAGCCAUUUUCCCCUCCACAAAAGCAGCAUUUCUCAUAUAUUCUUUUUAAAGUUCUGACAGUGUAACGCUCAUGUACCAAAGGAUUAAGUAUCUUCAUGUUUGUGAAACCUAUACUAAAGUAUAAUUCAUCUAAAUGCUCUUCAGAGCUGAUUUUAGCAACUCUCCUCCACAACAGGUAACUUUACGACUUUAUUCUUAUACAUUAUUGAUUAUUUAUUCUCCUAAAUAAUAACUUUAUUCUCUGAGAUUUAAAGAGGUUUUUUUUUCUUAAUGUGGCCCUCAUACUCCGUUGUAUUUAAAGAGAUUAUUAUACUAAUAAUUAUCUUCAAUCACUUUUCACCCCCCCCCCCCCCCCACCUUUUCAACCCCUGACCCAUUUUCAUGCUUGCAAAUGGACUAAAAGACUUUAGAUGAUGAAUCUAUGUGAUAUCGUCAUCAACCACGUGCGUAUCUGUAGUUUGUAUUGAUUGGUCAUUUGUCUGACGUCAACAUGUUGAAUAACGUAGGUCUUAAAUUAUGUAAACAUGAACAAAAUAGUCAUUCCCAUCAUCAUAUAACUUGAUUUUCUGUGACCAACAGCAACAACUUGAAGAGCAGUACAUGAGGCUGGUCUGAGUUUGUCUUACAAAUUUGAUCAUUGGACAAUUACUUUAUCGUGAUUGACAGGAAAGGAGAAGAAAGUAUACAAUCCUGCAUGCCAUUGCUUGGGAGAAAAGUACGUGUGCCAAAUAUGGGCAAGGAGAUUAGUAAAAAUGAUCAGUUUCAAGUCUAAAGACCAGAUUGAGACCCAGAAGUAAUAAAAUGCUUGUAUGAUGUUUCAACGUAAAAAAUUAUAGUUUGAUUGGGUUUCAAUAAUCCGUGUUUCCCAAGAAAUGUUCCAAAUGUAACAAUGGCUCUUUAACAGUGUAUUUGUGUUCUUUGUUCUUUGGGCUUUACCGGCGGCGCGGUGUAGGGCGGUGCACCACACGCAGUAGUAUUGUCCGGCAGAGCACAGUGCACAGCACAGUUUGGUGUUUUUGUAGACUGAGUAAGGAUGGGAAUCAAGAAUGGUUCAAUCCAUCAACAACAUUUACACGUUAUAUAACGAUUCCUUUCUUCUGGGUAUGUAUGUCAGGGUGACCAACUGACCUUACGUUCUCUUUUCCUCUUUUGGGGGGCUGUCCAGGGGGAGUUUAUAAAACGUGUAAAAAAUAAAUAAAAUGUCCGGAAUGUGUAUUCAUUCAUUAUAAAACAGUGCAGCGCUUCAGUGCUGUCUGCUACUCUGCCCCAUUCGCUCACUUCAAAGCAAAGUCACUUACGCGACUAGCAUGUACUGUCUUUGGAAAAUUAAGAAUAUGCCUUUAACUGAGUUAGAAGUGCAUAAAAACACUCGACCCGACACAAAAAACACUCAAAAUUUCUGCCCCCCUUAAUCGUGUCCUCUUUUGGGAGGUUCAAAAUAUGGUCAACCAAACAUAUGUCCAUACCUGUCAACACUCCUGUUUUCCCUGGGACUUUUCCGCAUCUCAGACCUGUCUCCCGCCCACCUCCCGUAUUGUCAUUUCUCUCUGGAAUCUCUCGUAGCAUGGUCCACGUUCAUUCAUGAAUCGGAUUACUAUAUUUGUCCAAAGUUUCCAGACAACCGAAUAUUGUCCUAAGUUUCUGCUGAAUCUCACAGACACUGGAUUGAUGCUUUUACUUCGCAAUUUGGGAUGAUUCAGGUUGGUUUACGCUGUAAACCAUAUUUAAGCAGUGUUUGUUGCAAAAUUAACACUUCAAUGAAAGGGAAACAAACGUGAGAUAUAAUUUUUAUGUUGAUAAUCUUGCACUGUCUCAGAGUGAUGCGUUCAAGGCAACCUCAGAUAAAAGAGUGCUGUAUUGCAUGCACAGACGUUCAGAGAGCCUCAUACGGGAGAGCAUGUAAAACAUAUGAGGACUUUAACACUAAUGUUAGUGGACUAAAUAAGUUCAAGGCAUAUCGUAGCUAUUAUUUUUUUAUUACCAUUUGUUAUUGUUAAAACAAAACAAAAAACUGUGCUUCACUUAUGCGCACUUAUGGAUAUAUAUCACUUAUAGAUGAGCAUUCUAAUUACGAAUACUCUCUUAAUUAGCUCAUAUCCAUCAUACAAGGUAACCCCAAAACUGCCCAGCGCACGCCACAAAAAUCUCUCGGAUUUUACAACCCAAAUGUUGGCAGGUAUGCAAAUAGCAUUUCCGUUCGUUUAUUUUUAGACUCUCACUGAAGAUGGCAUACAUCUUUUUCUGUUAUCAGAGACUCAACAUUUUUGAGUUAACAGUGAAAAUUUGUUGACUUUUUUUUUAAUCAAAGAGAAGCAUUGAUAGGGGAAUCAUUAAAGAAUUGAACUGAUAAACAGAAUGGAUAAUGGCAUCGAUAUCGAUAAAAUCUUAUCAAUUCCCAUCCCUAAGACAGAGGCACACUGAGGUCCGCCAAGCUGGGCGUGGCUGACGCAGUGACAUUUUGUGCCUGCUAACAGCGUGGAAAGUGCGCUGAAAGCUUGCCAAUUCAAACCUGGUCAGCUUUCAGCGUGGGCGGAGCGCAGCUGCUCUAGUGGUAUUUUGGUAGACCAGCGGUGAAGUGCACACGUGACCAAAUAGUCACACAUGAUGAAGUCAACAAUAUAUUUAAUUUCUUCCCCCCUUUUUCUCUCUCCCUCUUCCUCUUCUUCCUUGCCCAGCCGUGUCCUCUCCCCAUCCUGCUGCUGCUGUGGCGGUAAAGCUGACCAGGUGAUUUAUUUUAGUAAUCAGAUGAGUUAUUACUUUGAAAAUUUGAACAAUAAAAUAAAAGAAAUUUUCAUUCAAAAUUACCUGUUUAUCUAAUGUUCUCACUCCCAUAAAAUUCUGUGAAUAUUCAAUCUUGAGUUAGGCCCACAUAAUAUUAUAAUAUUCAGUUACGCGAGUUCAUUUUAUAUGCAAACAUCAAUGAAUGAAAGAGCCAGGCCACAGAGCACGAUGAGUCCUUUACACAUGGAUGGUUCUGAUUUUAAUGCUAUUAUUGGAAUUUGUUUAUGUUGUGAUUUGUGCGCACAACCCACCUUUGUCAUGUGGGGUUUAAAUAUAUGCAACUUGAUGGGAGUGUCAUUAUUUAUGGAAAAGGGUGUCUAUCUUACCAGUGGGUCCAACCUUACACACAACAAAUCCCUCAGUGCUUAUUUGAGGGAGUGUGGAGGACGCCCUCCACAGUGCUUAUCGUGACUCUUGUUUGCCUCCUGUCGCCAUCGUGUGGCUUUGCUGUCUUCAGUCAUCUCUUCGACUAUUUCACGAAAUCUGCAAUUCGCCCUGCCGUUGGCGAAUUUAAAGGUGAGGAGUGGAGCUGAUGUGAUUGAUGAAAACAGGACUCGUAAAACCCAGUCCAUGCCUUAUCCCCUCCCUCUCUCCUACUUACGCCGCUGGGAGGAGCUGAGUUAGGGAGGAGGGAUACUUAUGCCGGACUGCCCCACUCUCCAAAAUUUCAUUUGAAUUUCCCUUCGGGCAUUAAGAAAGUUCUUCUUAUUCUUAAAAUACUAAAGUGUGCUCGGGCAAACCUCAUUGGCGUGGCGGACCUGACUUACGCUGCACCUACACCACACCACUGACAAGGCACGACAAUAGAGCCCUUUGUGUUGAUGUCAACUUGCUCUGUAGUUAACUUUGGUGAAUUAUUUUAUUCUUUGGGUUGGUUAUAACAAAUCAUAGUGAAUUUUAAAGGCAUUUUCUGUGACUUUAGUGGGUCAAUGUGUGAUCAGUUGUUAGACCCAUAGGGCUGCCUUAGGGUGGGGCGUAACAACAGUAUAACAGAGUAUUGAACUGUGUAAGUGAGUAUUGUACAGUAUAAAUGAGUUUGACAGAGAAUAACAGUAUUGUACAGUAAAGCAGUAUUGUACACAGUUGCUUAAUAAAUAAUUUAUUAUACGCAUUGUACUUUUACUUUUACUGUAAAGUUUAACCACAGUACCAUCCUGACUGAUCACCAUGACAACAGGUCAGCUGUUACCUUUCUGUCUUUGUCUCUGUCUGCAGUCAGUAAGAUGCCCUGUGAGAAGCUGAUCAGUAAAGGUAGCCUGCCUCUGGGCAGCUCUGCAUCACUUCCUGUCCAAACAGGAAGUAGGGACAUCAUGCCCAUGCUGAAUACAAAGAUCCUCUAUCCUGGUACGAUGCUCAGAGAUAAGUUUGGCUGUAAAUCUCAGUGGACCUAUUCACCACUGUCUGUGUGGAUCUGGGUUGGGCAGAUCAACUUGCCCUGGUUCUGGCCCCACACUUAUACAUUUUCCUGCUCUCUCAAUGUGUGUGUGUUUGUUUGUCUGUGUGUGUGUGUGUAGGUCUCCGGGGUAUUUCAGGCUCUCUGUCGAGCUCAUCUGUCAUCAGUCGACUACUGGUCAACGCCGACCCCUUCAGCUGUGACCCUGACAACAUGUAAAACUGUGUGUGUGUGUGUGUGUGUGUGUGUGUGUGUGUGUGUGUGUGUGUGUGUGUAUGUCUGUCUGUCUGUCUCUAUGUUUAUGUGUUUGUGUAUGUGUCUUUAUACAGUUGAAACCAAAAGUUUCCAUACAUUAUAUAAAAAGGCAUAUAACCUUUUUUUCCUCACUGUCUAACAUUAAAUUAGAUUAAACUUUUCCUGUUUUUGGUCAAUUAGGAUUACCAAAAUUAUUUUUAUAUGCUAAAUUCCAAAAUAAUAAGAGAUAAUUUUUUAGACAACUUUUCAUUAUUUUCUCGAGAAUCAAAAGUUUACAUACAUUUCAUUAGUAUUUGGUAGCUGCCUUUUAAUUGUAUGACUUUGGCUAAAUGCUUUGGAUAUGCUUCCACAGUUUGUAGGCCACCUUGCUUGCACAUGAAUUUUCAGUUCUGCCCAUAAAUCUUCAAUAGGAUUGAGAUCAGGGCUUUGUGAUGGCCACUUCAAAACAUUGACUUUGUUAUGCUUACGCCACUUUGUAACCAGUUUGGCAGUAUGCUUAGGAUCACUAUCCAUUUGGAAAACCCAUUUGCGCCCAAGCUUGAACUUCCUGGCUGAUGUCUUGAGAUGUUGUGUCAGUAUUUCCACAUAAUGUUCUUUCCUCACAAUGCCAUCUAUUUUGUGAAGUAUGCCAGUCCCUCCAAUGGUGUUUACACUUGCAUACAAUUGUUUGAACGGAUAAAAGUGGCACCAUCAGGCAACCAGUUGAUGUAACCAGUUUGGCAGUAUGCUUAGGAUCACUAUACUUGCUUCAGUAUUUCCACAUAAAAAUUAAGGUCUUUGUCCCUGUGUGCAUUUGCAAACUGUAAUCUGGCUUUUUAUGUUUCUUUUGGAGUCAUGGCUUCUUCCUGGAGGAGUGGCCUGUCAGCCCAUGUCAGUCCAUAACUUGUUUAACUGUUGAUAAUGACACACUCUUACCAGCUUCAGCCAGCAUCUUCACAAGGUCUUUUGCUGUUGUUCUUGGGUUUAUAUUCACAUUUCGGACCAAAGCACGUUCAUCUCUGGGACACAGAACCAGUCUCCUCCCUGACUGGUAUGAUGUCUGGACAUUCCCAUGGUGUUUAUACUCGCAUAAAAUUGUUUGAACGGAUGAAAGUGGCUCCUUCAGGCAUCUAGAAAUUGCAUCCAAGUAUGAACCAGACUUGUGUAGGUCCACAGUUCUCUUCCUGAUAUCUUGGCUGAUUUCUUGUGAUUUUUUCCAUGAUGUUACACAAAGAAGCAGUGUGUUUCAGGUAUGCCCUAAAAUACAUCCACAGGUGUGCCUCUAAUUAACUCAAAUCUGGACUUUCCCAAAUUGUUUAAAGGCAUAGUGAUCUUAGUGUAUGUAAACUUUUGACUCUUGAAAAAGUGAUAAAAAAUUGUCUAAAAAAUUCUCUCUCUUUCAUUAUUCUGGCAUUUAGCAUAUAAUUGACCAAUAACAGGAAAAGUUUAAUCUGAUUACAUUUUAGACGGUGAAAAAUAAAGGUUAUGUGCCUUUUUAUAUAGUGUAUGUACACUUUGAGUUUCACAACUGUACCUGUGUGUGUGUGUGUGUGUGUGUGUGUGUGUGUGUGUGUGUGUGUGUGUGUGUGUGUGUGUGUCCCAUUUGAUGUACAACAGACAUAUUAUCUCCCUCUAUGUAAGCUUCAAAUACCUAUACUCUUAUCAGGAGGGAGAAUAUGAUAGUAUCUACAUCUUACCAACUAACCAGUCAUUGUGUGUGUGUGUGUGUGUGUGUGUGUGUGUGUGUGUGUGUUUAGGGACUGCUACACUGAAAAAUGUGUCAUGAACAAUUAUUUUGGGAUUGGCCUGGAUGCUAAAAUCUCUCUGGACUUCAACAACAAAAGAGACGAACAUCCAGAGAAGUGCAGGUACACACACACGCAAACAGAGCUUACCAUUACAAUGUGUAUACUUGAAGUGUGAUGAGGAAAAGGACUGACAGAACAGGAACAUAUGAUCAGAGUCAGAUGAUGGCUCUUUGUUUACAAACAACAGUAGGACUGCAAACAAUCAGCUGAUUAUCUUUCAGGAGUCGCACUAAGAACAUGAUGUGGUACGGAGUCCUGGGAACCAAAGAGCUGCUGCAUAGAACCUACAAGAACCUGGAGCAGAGGGUACUGCUAGAGGUGAGAGAGACAGAGACAGACAGACGGACACAGAGGGCUCUAUUUUCGUGCCUCGCCGGAGACGUGCUGCAGGCGCGGCGUAAGUCAGGUCCGCCGCGCCGACAAGGCGUUCCCAAGCACAAUUUGGUAUUUUGGUGAGAGGCGCAGCCCGGCGUAAGUAUCCCCCCUCCCUAACUCAGCUCCUCCCAGCGGCGUAAGUCGUAGUGAGGGAGGAGAUAGGGCGUGGAGUGGGUUUAACACAGCUGAGACCUGUUUUCACCAAUCACAUAAGCUCCUCUCCUUGCCUUUAAAUCCGCCACCGGCGAGGCGUAUUACUAUUUUCGUGAAGUAGUCAAAGAGAUCAAGAGAUGUCUGAAGACAGUAAUGCCAAACGAUGGCGACAUAAGGCAGCUCCUCAACAAGUGUCACUGUAAGUGCUGCAUUGGGCAUCCUCCACACUUUCUCAUAUGUGCACAGAUGGAUUUGGUGUGUGUAAUGUUGGACCCACUGGUAAAACAAACACCCUUUUUCACAGAUAAAGACACUCACAUAAAGUUGCAUAUAUUCAAACCUCACGUGACAAAGGUGGGUUGAGCGCACAGAUCACAACAUAAACUCCAAUAAUGGCAUUAAAAUCGGAACCAUCUGUGCAUAAUGCUGCAUCGCGUUCCGUGGCCUGGCUCUUUCUUUCAUAGAUGUUGGCAUAUAAAAUAAAUCUGGCUCACAAAACUGAAUAUUAUAAUAUUCGUAUGUAGGCUUAUAGUAAAUAACUCAUCUGAUCACUGAAACAAAUCAUCUGUUCAGCCGCUGCAGCUGCUGCAGGACGGAGAGAGGACACGGAGACUCGUCCAGGUCGAGCUGCGCGAGAAAUAAGAGGAAGAAGAAGAAAGAAAAGGAGGGAGACGAAUUACAUAUCUUGUUAACUUCAUCAUGUGUGUUUAUUUACUAGAUAUUUAAUUUAAUUUAAUGCGGUUUCAGCUGUGUUGAUUCGGUCAGGUUGUGUGUCCAAACGCGUGCCAAACGCGCUAAUCAGAUCAGAUAUAGAUCAGAAUAUAUUUAUAGAUCUAAAUGUAUGUGCUAACUCAGAUUAUUAGUUGUUGAUGAUUAUUUAUUGCACUGAAAUGUGCCUGACACUGUGGAAACCUGCCUGUGAGGAUGCGGUGACAUAUGCCGAUACGCCGCCGGUCUACCAAAAUACCACUAGACCAGCUGCGUUCCGCCUGUGCUGAAAGCUGACCAGGUUUGAAUCGGCAAGCUUUCAGCGCACUUUACACGCUGGUGGCGAGCACGAAAAUGUCACUGCGCCCGCUGAUUCUGUCGACACUUCCCCCUGCCAUGCCACCACGCCCAGCUUGGCGGAUCUCGGUUCACCUCCGUGCGCCUCAGUCCACGAAAAUACCAAACUGGCUGUACGCCGGGCUCCGCCAGACAAAAAUACAACUGCGCGGGGUACGCCACCCUCCGUUGCCUCACCGGCGAACACGAAAAUAGAGCCCAGACUGACGAAAGGACAGACAGAGACAUUUUAAAAGAAGCCGAUGUGCAAAGGUGUCACAUGACCAGAUAAAUACAAUCCUUUGCAUGAAUGUCUGUUUCCACUAUAGGAAUACCUGAUAUACAGACACCUCAUCUGAAAUUAUCCAUCAUAUGAAUAGAAAUACAGAUAAUGGUGAUAAUACUCACUGUUGUGGCGUGUGGUGUAUUUUGUGGACCCAGAAGCAGACACAGAGGCAGAUAGCAAAUUAAAGAUGUAAUUUUAAUGUCCAAACUCAGGGGAAAAAGACACAAGGAAAGUCUGGUUUGCUGGCUGGCUGUUGUGUGGGCUGGAGGCACUGUGGAGAAACAGAGGAGAUAGAAGUGAGAAGACAUGCAAAAAUUCACAGGGAGCAAAAAGUCACGAACACUUAUGCGAGAAGAAGGCCAGGAGAUGCGUCUGUACCACUCAGGAGUGAAGACAAUACUCAGGCGCUGAGACUGAGGGCUGCUGGCUUCUUAAAGGGCCUUGAUUGCAGCUGCAGGGCAGGUGUGGAGUCUCAUUCAGCCUCAGCGACUGGGGAGGAGGAGGGUGCUCUGGAACAGAGUCAAGCCAGACCAGGAAAACAAAGAAAAACAGGAAGUCCAACCAAAAUAAAACGAGAGGAGGAGGCGUCUCACCACAAACUAUAGUAACAACAGAAAUAAUAGUUACAUAGUGUUGAAAGUGUUGAAAGUCACUAUAGUGAUAAAAGUGGUGAUAGUCACUAAAGAGACAAUAGUGAUGAUAGUCACGAUAGUUAUGAAAGUGAUGAUAGUAACUAUAGUAAUGAAAGUGAAGAUAGUCACUGUAAUGAUGAUAGUGAUAAUAGUGAUGAUAGUCACUCAAGUGAUGAUAGUGAUAUUAGUGAUGAUCGUCACUAAAGUGAUAAUAAAAUUAGUGAUUAUAGUCACUAGAGUGAUGAAAGUGACAGACAUGUCAAAAGUCGCUCAAGUAAUGACAGAUAUAAGUGAUGAUAGUAACUAUACAGUAAUGAUAGUUAAGAUAGUCACUACAAUGAUGAUAGUGAUAAAAGUGAUGAUAGUCACCAAAGUGAUGAUAGUGAUAAUCAUGAUGAUAGCUGCUAUAGUAAUAUAAGGAUGAAAUUGACGAUAGUAACUAUAGUCAUAAUAAUGAUGAUAGUCACUAAAGUGAUGAUAGUUACUACAGUGAUGAAAGUGAUCAUAGUAGCUAUCAUCAUAAUACAGUCAUGAUACCAUUGAUAGUGAUGAUAACCACUAUCAUGAUGACAGUGAAUAAUUGAUUUGAUUUAUUUGAACCACAGGAAAAUUUUCUUCACUAACAGUACAUUGCAGAUCGCAGACAACAACAGAUACUUCAUACACUACAUACACACCAACAAUGAUGACAAGACUAGUGUGACAACAGAAUAGUGGACAGACAGAUCAGUGGGGCCUGCUGUUCAGGGUGGCUAUGGCUGCAGGGAUCAGGCUUUUCCCCAGCCAAGCCCUCCUGAACUUGGUAGCUUUGUACCUGCACCCUGAGGGCAGUGGGAUGAUAUACUUAUUCAGGGGGUGAGAACUGUCUUGCGCUAUAGAGUUUGCUAUGCCAGUGAUGGCCUUUUGAUUUAGUUCUGUGCGGUUGGGUGUGGGGAGACCAAUGAUUUUACUUGUGUUUGUGAUGCAAGUGAGUUUGGCCCGGUAAGUGACAGAAAGCAUAUUGAAGUAACAUGUGGGACAGUACAGAAGGAUGGCUUGAAUGAUGUUUGAUAGAUUAGCAAGAGAACGUGGGGGUGCAACUUAAAGUCAUUUAAGUUUACGGAUGGCUAACAGUCUUUGUUGGCUUCUUUUUUGAAUGUCCGUGGUGUGCAAAUAAAAGGUGAGUGUAUUGUCCAGAGUUAUUCCCAGAUAUUUGAGGUUGUCCACUGUCUCAACUUUUUUGGGUGUUUAUGAUGGUGGGGUUUUUGGGUGAGGGGAGGCUGAACAGUGAUUCCUUUGUUUUAUUGACAUUGAUUUGGAGAAAUGAAACUUGGUGAAAUGAGUGAUUGUAUUGUGAUAGUCCAGGGUGGAUUGGUUGUUUGAGAGAAGUGCCAGGAUGGCUGUGUCGUCUAAUGAAACUGAUUAUUUUAAAAAUAGUGAUGAUAGUCACUGCAGUGAUGAAAGUGAUCAUAGUAACUAAUGAGAUAAAAGUGAUGAUAGAUAGUGACUAUCAUUACUAUUAUCACUAUAGUGAUGAUAGUGACGAAUGUGACAGUAGAUGAAUGGUUAUAACAGUGAUGAAAGUGAUUAAAGUCACUACAGUGACUCUAUGGGGCUCUAUGCUAACCUUAAAAAAGACAGAUUUAUUAGUAUUUCUCAAGUCAUAAACGCAUUAUCAUUCUGUAUGUGUGGGUGUGCAUGUGUGUGUGUAUGUUCGUGUUAAUUCUUGUUUUAGGCCAUUAAGAGCACCCUUAAAGUCCCUGAUUGAUUUUUUAUACUUAAGUGUUAUCAGUGGUCUAAAAAUUGUGAUUAUGAAGUUUUGAGCCAAAUCUAAUCUGUGUCAUUUUUGAGGGCUUUUCUUCUGCAGAGGUCCAGCAGCUUACAACCAAUGGAGGCGGAGCUUAGAUUUGUGACGUAAAAAAUCCUACUGCAUUUGAACCUGCCGUUUGGGUCUGCCAGAGGUUCUCAGCGAUUUGAAUGCAGAAAUAUUCAGAAAUAAAAUUUUACACUUAUUUUUCUCAUUAUAUGUCUUCUAGCUUCAGAAAAAUGCCAAAUGAACAUGCGGACAACAAGAAAAACACGAUUGUCAUCAGAAUGGGUCUUUAUGCACCUUAGCGCUUGAGACGACUGUGGUGACUAUCCAAGUCAAACUCUUUGUUGCGCUUACUGAUCUUUUUUCCUUUUGUCUUUGCUUGUGUUCUUGUUCUUGUAUGUAUGUUGCUUUGGAUGAAAGCAUAUGCAUAAUAACAUUGUAACGUGGUUGUCACUAUAGUGAUGAUAGAUAUUUUAAUGGUUAUAGCGAUCACAGUAGUGAAAGUGUGUUAAUUGUAAUUUAAUGUUAAACAUGAUGGAUUAAACAGAGUUCAUUUUUUAUCUCUGCAGCUUUCUGUUGACUGUAACCACAGACGUAAUUUGUGGGGGGGACACUAGGGAAAAGGCCCCCCACUUUUUCAAAAGCCCGUUUUGGUCCCUUGCAGUUUUAACAGUCUGAAAACAAUAUUACUUUACACUAUCACAAACAGAUACGCGUCAGGCACUAGGACCAAACGGCCGCUCAGGCCAAAAACUAGUUUCCCUCAGUUUGGACCGCCCGCAAGGUCCUUGAUUGGCUUUGCCGCAGGGCUGCUUUUUGUGUGCGAUUGGCUAUCCCUGCUGUCACUUAUUCCAUGCCCACCAGACUAGUUUUUUACGAGUUGCUCACAACUCCUUGAGUCAGUCCUUAAACAUCGCUAUUCGCCAAUGUAAGUUUACAGGAGGGUGGCAUUCAUUUUUCCUCUGAAACGUCCCUGUAUUGGGUUUGUACUUCCAUCCACACAAACAUUGAAUACAACCAACAAGCGAGGUGUACAGGCUGUGUUAAUUACAUUGAAUAUCAAUUGAACGAAUUAUACACGGAUUCACUGCCCCCUAUCGGCCAGAAGGGACCAGAACGAGUGGGGUCCUUGGCGUCACUUUCCGGCGCCACUUGAGAUUGCAAACUCAGAUUGAAUUAUGAGACACUUUUUGCGGGGCCAGCACGUAAACGGAAAGCAUUUCUGAGUUUGGUUUUUCUUUUUAAUUUAGUCACAAAAUGAGCAGUCUUGAAGAAGAAAAUGAAAUAGCAUUUUGGAAUAUUGCUUUUGAUUUUUAUUUUUGAGUCAAACAGUGCAGCCAUGACUUUGUAAUGAAAAAGCAUUUCUGCUAAUGCUUUUGAAUUUGAGAUAUGAGUCACAAUCGCUUCCAUACCCGCUGGCCGUAUUGCCUCCUCUGUUACUGUGUAUGCGAGAUAUGCUGUUUGCUAGGCUAUAUGUCUCAACAGUACUCAACAGUACUUAAGCCACAUGGCCCCCUCACCUUUGAAAUCAAAAUUUUGUCCAUUGCUGUAACAUGUUAUAUCUUUUAUUAAUUUAUUGAAACUAUUUAAGACUUGACUAGGACUUUUUAAAAUACUUUUGUGACCUAUCACUGGUUGUUAGUUGGGUCACAAAGUGAGAUUCUGUGACCAUCCUCUGGCAAGGAUGUUUUGACGAUUGAUUUGACCUCUAUGGACCCUUUAGAAAAGAUUUAGCCCCCAGGUCCCUCGCAAAAAUCCCGGCAUUUUUUGCUAGACAGCUAAAUUCAAGAUGGCGGCAGGCGCCAUCUCUUAAAAUUAACUUUUGAUCUGGAUGACCUAGAGUCAUGUAUGAAGGCACUUUUCCAUACAAGUCAAGCAUGAGGAUUCCAAAUCUGACAUCGUUUUAAUCAUACAACUUUGUUUUGACCGCGAUAUUCAAGAUUGCUGCCAUCUAGUACUGUGAUUCUCAACCUUCAGGACUUGACCCCCCAAAACAAUCAUAUUUGAACUGGGUAACCCCAAUUUGUUUGACUCUGUUCCACAUUAGAUAUUGUGAAAAUAGCCGAUCUACAAGCCCGUAACACAUGGGGCUCUAUUUCGUGCCUCGCUGGAGACGUGCUGCAGGCGCAGCGUAAGUCAGGUCCGCCGCGCCGACAAGGCAUUCCCAAGAACAAUUUGGAAUUUUGGUGAGCGACGCAGCCCAGCGUAAGUAUCCCCCCUCCUUAACUCAGCUCCUCCCAGCGGCGAAAGUCGUAGCGAGGGAGGAGAGAGGGCAUGGAGUGGGUUUAACACAGCUGAGACCUGUUUUCACCAAUCACAUAGGCUCCUCUCCUUGCCUUUAAAUCCACCACUGGCGAGGCGUAUUACUAUUUUCGUGAAGUAGUCAAAGAGAUCAAGAGAUGUCUGAAGACAGCAAUGCCACACGAUGGUGACAGAAGGCAGCUCCUCAACAAGUGCCACUGUAAGCGCUGCAUUUGGCGUCCUCCACACUCUCUCAUGUGAGCACAGACGGAUUUGGUGUGUGUAAUGUUGGACCCACUGGUAAGACAAACACCCUUUUCCACUAAUAAAGACACUCACAUAAAGUUGCAUAUAUUCAAACCUCACGUGACAAAGGUGGGUUGAGCGCACAGAUCACAAUAUAAACUCCAAAAAUGGCAUUAAAAUCGGAACCAUCUGUGCGUAGAUGACGCAUCGCGCUCUGUGGCCUGGCUCUUUCUUUCAUAGAUGUUGGCAUAUAAAAUAAAUUUGCCUCACAAAACUGAAUAUUAUAAUAUCCGUAUGUCGGCUUGAAGUAAAUAACUCAUCUGAGCACUGAAACAAAUCAUCUGUUCAGCUGCAGCAGGACAGAGAGAGGACACAGACACAUGUCUAGGUCGAGCUGCGCGAGAAAUAAGAGGAAGAGGAAGAAUGAAAAGGAGGGAGACGAAUUAAAUAUCUUGUUAACUUCAUCAUGUGUGUUUAUUUACUAGAUAUUUAAUUUAAUUUAAUGCGGUUUCAGCUGUGUUGAUUCGAUCCGGUUGUGUGUCCAAAUGCGUGCCAAACGCGCUCAUCAGAUCAGAUAUAGAUCAGAAUAUAUCGAUAUAGAUCUAAAUGUAUGUGCUGACUCAGAUUAAUAGUUAUUGAUGAUUAUUUAUUGCACUGAAAUGUGCCUGACACUGUGGAAACCUGCCGGUGAGGCAUCGGUGAUGUAUGCCGAUACGCCGCUGGUCUACCAUAAUACCACUAGACCAGCUGUGCUCUGCCUGCGCUGAAAGCUGACCAGGUUUGAAUCGGCGAGCUUUCAGUGCACUUUACACGCCAUUGGCGAGCACGAAAAUGUCCAUGAUAAUACCAAACUGGCUGUACGCCGGGCUCCGCCAGACGAAAAUACAACUGUGCGGGGUCCGCCACCCUCCACCCUCUUGUCCCUUCAUGUCAGGGCAUGUUAGCACAUGCUGCUUGUUUAGUGCUGCUGCUUUCCUAAAUGUUGCCUCAGUCAUUCUUUUGAGCCCACAGUUAGAGGAGCUACACAUUUGAUCUGUAAAGACAGUGUGCAUGCAGAAUACAUGGCUGCUUGAAUAUGGAAGAAAAUAAUAUACCAACCAGGACAGACAGACAGUGAUGUAUUCUCCAGUGUGGUAGUCUGUGUAAUGAAGCCACAUAUACCAUUAAGUCGACCCAAAGAUGAUCCCUGACAUGAAGGGACAGCCAAUCAAAUUGCCUGAGUUAAGUACUGCUGCUGACAUGAAUCAAGCAUACUGGAUAGUUUGAGUGCAAUAUUCACUGGCCUUUAUGUUGUUGUUAAGUUAAGUUUUCUCUGUACUUGAUCAUUGGUUGGUGGCGUACCCCCAGAUGACAGUGAAAUUAUAAUGUUAGGACUUGUAAGAUCCUCAAAGAAAAAGAUCAUCACUGCAUCCAAAGUAAUCAACAAACAAUGCUAAACCAUUGGCCAAAUUGUCAAAUGAUAUAAGAAAAAGGCAAAAGUUGUGAAUAUAGCCAAUCUACAAGCUCACACGCCUCACAAUACAAGGUGUUACGGGUUUGUAGAGCGGCUAUUUUCACAAUAUCUAUAUGUGGAACAGAGUCAAACAAAUUAGGGGUUACCCAUUUCAAAUAUGAUUGUUUUGGGGGGGGUCAAGUCCUGAAAAGGUUGAGAAUUACAGUACUAGAUGGCAGCCAUCUUGAAUAUCGCGGUCAAAACAAAGUUGUAUGAUUAAAACUAUGUCAGAUUUGGAAUCCUCAUGCUUGACUUGUAUGGAAAAGUGCCUUCAUACAUGAUUCUAGGUCAUCCAGAUCAAAAGUUAAUUUUUAGAGAUGGCGCCGGCCGCCAUCUUGAAUUUGGCUGUCUAGCAAAAAAUGCCGGGAUUUUUGCGAGGGACCUGGGGGCUAAAUCUUUUCUAAAGGGUCCAUAGAGGUCAAAUCAAUCGUCAAAACAUCCUUGCCAGAGGAUGGUCACAGAAUCUCACUUUGUGACCCAACUAUGUCAACAGCUGACAUCAUGCCCUUUGCACGGUGCAGUACUUUGUGUUCACCCUUUAACAGCUGAUCUGUUGUCAUGAUGCAGUGUGACGGACGGCCCAUCCCUCUUCCCAGUCUGCAGGGCAUUGCCGUACUUAACAUUCCCAGUUAUGCCGGAGGGACCAACUUCUGGGGCGGGACUAAAGAGGAUGAUGUGAGGACACCACCUGUCUACCUGUGCAUCUAUCGGUCUGUCUUGUGAGCUGUGUUCUCUCAUCACUGAUACCACCUCUCUUUCCCUUCUGUCUCUCUCUCUCUCCCUCUCUCUCUCUCUAUCCUGUCUGUCUCUCAGACCUUUACUGCGCCAUCCUUUGAUGAUAAGAUUCUGGAGGUGGUGGCAGUGUUUGGCAGCAUGCAGAUGGCCGUGUCCCGUGUAAUCAACUUGCAGCACCACCGUAUUGCCCAGGUACACCUGUUCAUCAGGCAUGAAAAUCACCUACGUGACCUGUGUGAAUUUUUUUUCUUUUGUUUUUUUUGAGGUGUGUGCGUGUGUGUGUGGCGGGGGGAGUAGUAGAAGGGUAUAGUGUUAUACCAGAAGUAGUUUUUUUGGACUUUGUUUAUAUACACAAACGGCAUGGAGCCAAAAAGAGCUGCAAACGAAUGUGUGCACCUAAAGGGAGCCGUCAGCCUUGAAUUCAUUCAUUGACAAAUUCAGGGGUUAGACUGUUGAGUACUAUCUAAAUAGAUUAUCUUGUUUGUCACUGAACCCUGUAUUAAAGCUGUGCAGUUGCACAUAAUCAGCAUAGUUGUCCAUCGUACUUCUUAUAAUGCGUACACACAGGGUUUCCACUGCAUGUAAAUGAUUGUGGGGGGGCAAAAUAAUAGCUGCCAUGCCUUCAGAAUUAUAAUAAUUAUCUUAUCAGAUGUUUCAGGUGCAAAUUAUUUUGUAUGAAUGGAUCCAUAUAAACAUAAAGGGCUCUAUUUCCGUGCCUCGCUGGCGCGGCAUUAAGUCAAUGAGGAGUGUCCAAGCACACUUUGGUAUUUUGAUGUGGCAACCCCACAUAAGUAUCCCCCCUUCUUUACUCAACUCCUCUCAGCGGCGUAAGUAGGAAAGAAGGAGGGGAGAAGGCGUGGAGUGGGUUGAACAGCCGAGCCCUGUUUUCACCAAUCACAUCAGCUCCUCUCCUCACCUUUAAAUCUGGCACCAGCGAGGCGAAUUGCAAAUUUCAUGAAGAAGCUGAAGAGAUGACGGAAGACAGCAAUGCCACAAGUUGGCAACAGGGUGCAGCCCCUCAACAAGUGUUGCGGUAAGCGCUGUGGAGGAUGUCCUGCACACUCUCUCAAAUAAGCACAGAGGGAUUUGGUAGGUGUAAGGUUUUCCCACUAGUAAGACAAAUACCCUUUUUCACAAAUAAAGACACUCACAUCAAAUAGCAUAUAUUUAAACCCCACGUUAGAAAGGUGGGUUGUGCACACAGAUUACCCCUGCACCGAAGCACUCCCCAGAGGCACCCGCUCAGCUGCUGACUGCAGGCAAGCUGCUUUCCUCUGUUGUGUUGCCCAAGUGCUUGAUCUUAGUUUUACGAUGCUUGCACUCUGUGUGUGUCAUGUCCAGCUUAGUGUGUCUGGGCGUUCGGUAAAAAACUAAUUGGCACUAAACUUAAGCUUUUAGCAAAGACAGGGCUGGUUGGAUCACCUUUUCCUCCAUCUUUGUAGUUCCCUUUGUUUUGGUGCUUUUGGUGCAAGCGUACGUUUCAGAACUGGCUGCGUGGUGAUGCCAGGAAGUCCCACUUAGUUACAAAAUCGAGGCAGACAGCAAGCAGAUAAUUUUAAUUUUUUAAAAUCGAUUUUGGGACAUUUUAUAUAAAUUUUGAAUCGUAGCAAAUGAGAAUCACGAUUCCUAUGUGAAUCGAUUUUUUGGCACAUAACAUCAUGUGUGACUUUAAAUUGGAUAUUUUAUUUAAUUCAGUUUCAGCUGUGUUAAUUCGGUCAGGUUGAGUGUCCAAAUCCAUGCCAAAUGCACUCACCAGAUAAGAUAUACAUCAGAAUAUAUCGAUAUAGAUCUAAAUGCAUGUGCUGACUCAGAUAGUUGCACUGAAUAGUGGUUGUUGUUGGUUAUUUAUUGAAAUGCACCUGACAAUUUAGAAAUCUGCCUGUGAGGCAUUGGUGACAUGUAGGCACUGCUGCGCCAGUCUACCAAAAUACCACUUGACCAGUUUUGCUCCGCCUGCACCGAAAGCUGACCAGGUUUGAAUCAGUGAGCUUAAAGUGCACUUUCUGCACCGCCAGUGGGCACGAAAAUGUUGCUGUGCCAGCUGAUUCUGUCAACAUCUCCCCCUAUCACGCAGCCACGUACCAAAAUACCAAACUGGCUGUGCACUGGGCUCCGCCGGACUAGAAUACCACUGUGCAGGGUGCGUCAACCUCGGCCGAGCUGCUGGGGGGCACAACAAAAGAGCCCAAAGUCUAUAUCUGCAACAUUUAUGGACCAUAAUAAGAAUAGGAAAUUGUACUCAUGAAAUAACAUCAUUGCCGUACUGCUGCCUCGGAUCACUUCUCACCUCCUCAACCCCUAACCCAUUUUCAUGCCUGGUUCAUACAACUGUCCAUACACCUUACUGUCCAUCUGUCCAUAUGCCUGUCCAUUCAAAUGUUAAUACACCUGUCUGUCCACCUGCUUGGCUCACCUAUCUCACCUCUCUGUCUCUGUCUCAACUCUUUGGCCUUCUUUCCAUCUCUUAGUGUCGGACAGUUAAGAUAACCAUCCUUGGGGAUGAAGGUGUCCCAGUGCAGGUGGACGGGGAAGCGUGGGUCCAACCUCCAGGUUACAUCAAGAUCAUCCAUAAGAACCGAACCCAGACCCUGACCAGGGACAGAGUGAGUCAUAUUCUAAUCACCUACCCCCAAACAGGAAUCAGGAAGGAAACUGAUAGGGCCUGAUCUACUAAGAUCCCAAAUAAGGGGGACUAAAUUUCACGUGCAAAUUAAAAAUGUGCAUGUGCUAUUAGUGGGCGUGUUGUGGGUGAUCUACUAUCAUUGCGUGCACAAUUGAUAACAGAGGCAAAAGUGGUGCGGACCGCCCUCUUUAAAUGAGGAUUUUGUGUGCGCUAUCUGCUGUCACCACAAAGACUUUGUGAGAGCAGAGUCGUCAUAGAUAGAAAAAAAUUUUUUGAGGCCAUGGAGUGGCACCAAUUGUUUUAAGGAAGCCAGCAUCUGCAUAAAAGGCAAGAGAAGUUUAUUUGUAUAGCACCAUUUAUACAGAAGACAAUUCAAAGUGUUUUAAAGAUGCAAGGAAAUAUAUUUGAAAUAAAUAAAGAGAUUCAAACUAUUUAAAAUCAAUAAGACAAAGAGAUACAUUUUUGAGACUUUUCCAUGUUUAUCAAAACCGUCAUCGAAAAUCAAAAUAAAUCACAAGCUUUCAGACCAGGACCUCCCCAGCACUCAGUCUCCAAAACACGACAGGACCCCAAGACCUACAAUGUUUUCUGUUAUUUACUGCAUCCCGAUGGCGUAGGAAGUGAAUAUAUACUCGCCCAUCCUAUGUGACAUAGAAUUUAACACUCGGGGCAGCACACCAGAAAAACAACUAUGUGAGACACACUAACUGUGAUGGUGUGCUGGUGUGCUGGAAUUAUCCAGAUGCAGGAAAAUUGGGUGUUACUGUCUCCACACACCAAGCACGAGUAAAAUCAUUUGCGUGAAUGAAUUACAUGUUAGGUCACCACAGCCUCUCUCUUCUAAGAAUGCAUGGCAUGUUACAGAUCCGGUAAGAGGCUCUGUCAGAAAUCUGCCUUAAUUAACAUUUUGUACUGGCUUUUACAAUUUUGUUCAAUCCUGAGAAAAGGCUGCACCCUGCACAAGUUUUGCACUGAACUGUGUUUUUCAUGGAUCAUACCGAACGAAUCAAGAUAUAAGCAAAAACUGCCACACGAAAUUAACCUGGCGGCAACAAACGCCAGGUGUGCACUGACAACCUGCCAAACUUCAGUGGAUUUAAAAACCUUUUGAAGAACAUUUAUCAUCUCUUACUUAAAACGUCUGCUCAAACAACAUUUUCUCUCCUUUACUGAAACUUCGGACUGAAACUACGAUGAUGGACGAUAAAUCUGAGUGUGUGUCCUGAGUUCUUACCGUUUCAAAGCUGAAGAAAAGCCUCAAGUCUUUAAAAGCCAAACUCAGGGAAAAAACAAACUCAUCUUGGAGUUUAUAUCCAUAGCCACGACCCAGGCUAAACAUCUGUCAGCCUUGACUGCCUCCGGUUAUGAUUACCGCAACACGGCAACCCUCCCUCAUUGCUCCGGCCAGGUAGCUCCUGAGCUGGUCCUGGAGCCUACCAUCCUGUGCGUGCAUGCAAACCAGUCUCUGUCUGUCUGUGAGUGUAUGUUAUAGGCUGUUGUAGCUGCUGGCAUGCAGCUGUCUGUUGUUGUUGGAGUCCAGCCAUGACUCCAUCUGCCAAUGGCUGAGGAAGUCUGUGUUAAUGUGUUUGUGCUGUCCAAACAUUGUUGCUACUUUUUUUGUCUUAUGCCUAUUACUUUCUGUUAUGUUCUUAUCUUAACACCAAGUGUGUUUUUAAAUGUUCUUGAUUUUCAUCAAAGUCUGUGCCAAAUUUUCCUGCUGUAAAGCACUUUGACUCAAACUUUGUUUUUAAAGUGCUCUGUAAAUAAAGUUCACUUGACUUCACUUGACUUAAGUCAAUGGAAUGUAUCCCCAAAAUGACUGCAGCCAUUUGUGCGUAAUGCUUUGCCAGUCUGCACGUGCCUCUCAAACAUGCUAAAUAUGAACGCAAAACGGCGACCGCAAUCGGUUUCUGGGUUUGAUAAAUCACACAAAUAACCCCAUUUGUGUCUGCUCCUCACAGUAUUUUGUGCGUUCUUAUGAUCUACAAACAUUCUGCAUAUUCAUGAGGGCAAACACACUAAAUUGAUUGCGCGCUGUUUUGCUCAUUUGACGGACUAAUCCACUAACCGGGUACAUCCGGUUAGGUUAGUAGUUUAGCUGUGCGCACGCUGUCAAGUUUGCACGUGUUCUUAGUAGAUCAGGCCCAUGGUUUUUAACCCCAUUUUUAUAGCAUUAGAUAACUGAUUCAGCCUGAACCUGUCUUAAAAUGAAAACUGACAUAAAUCAACCUGAUAAGAAAUAACUCAACUUUUUGUUUGGAAUUUCCCCCUGUGGAAUUAUUAAAGGAAUAUCUUAUCUUAUUCCUCAAAAAAAUAUAGACAUGAUUGAGAAACAUUUUCUGACCUAGAUUUGGAUUUUAGAAUUUUAGUUGCUUAUGUCUUAUAUGUUAACAUGGAGGGGGUGGGCUCUAUGCUGACCUCAUAAUGACUGAUUCAUAAUUUUUACACAAGCCAUGUCAUCAUUUUGUGUGUGUGUGUGUGUGUGUGUGUGUGUGUGUGUGUGUGUGUGUGUGUGUGUGUGUGUGUGUGUGUGUGUGUGUGUGUGUGUGUGUGUGUGUGUGUGUGUGUGUGUGUGGUUUAGGCCUUUGAGAGCACCCUAAAAUCAUGGGAGGACAAACAGAAGUGUGAGUUUUCUCGGGUCUCCACAGCUCAGACCCCACUGCCUCUCCAUUCCUCUCAGCCAGAGGUUGUCUCCGAGGAGGAGGCGUCGCUUGUCAGUGAGUUUGGACAGGCAGCAGGAGCACUCAUUCACAGGUAACACUGUCAACAGGUACAUAUGAAACACAGCUAGCACAACCUUUAUCAUUUUUAAUCAGGUUGAUAUUGAGAUCAUGAUUAUUGAAAAUGGUUACCCAUGGCUUACACACAUUAACAGCAAAAUUAUUGCUAACAUAAGGACCCCUAGAGGUCAGAGAACAAUGCUUCAGCUACAAAGGGAUAUUUAAAAAAAACUCUAUGUUGUCAACAUCAAAUUGACACCAAGUUUUUACUGAACAAACUUUAAAUGGAUAAGAGAAAAUUCCACGUCACAUGUGAUUCGGCAGAAAAACAAUGAAAAAAAUGAAGCUCCUCUCCCUUGCAUUUUAGAGAAAAGUCCAAGGGCCAAUCAGUGACUGUGCUUCCACUGUUCCCCGGACAACAGGGAAAGACAGCCCCUGAUUGGUCCAUGUGUAGAUGGUGACGUCUAACACAUGCUGCGGGACUUUUCAAAGCCCCAUUCUUUCAAAGCCCCAUUCAUUCAGAAUGCCAUUAAUUCUGCAGUUGACUUUACAAAGUCGGCAGAAAUCGUUUCUAUCCGACGUCUUCUGCGGAUCUAAACGAUUUCUGCCGACUUUGCAAAGUCAACUGCAGAAUUUACGGUGUUCUGAAUGAGUGGCGCUUUAAAAAGUCUCGCAGCAUGUGUUAGACGUCACCAUCUACACAUGGUCCAAUCAGGGGCUGCCUUUCCCUGUUGUCCGGGGAACUGUGGAAACACAGUUAACAGUUAUUUUCUGAUCGCUAAUACACGCUCCCAAUGGGCCGAAGUCCAGACUGUUGUGUGAAGGAACGGCAAGUGAUUUACGCAACAGGAUGGCCCAGCCAGGCUAGGGUCACGAGGGGAUGGUCAAAUAUGGUGCUGGUAUGUCAAAAACAUGCAAUUGAGAUAUCCGACAGGAGUGCGGAGGCUUCCUUUUGCCCUAGAAAAAAUUAAAUUUCAAACACAACUUGGCUGGUCAUUUCUCCAAAAGACGACCAUGAAGCGCCAUCUAAACCUGAAGCAGGCAGUUGCUGCAUGUGUACAGUCACCUGAGGGGAGUGAGGUGACUGCUUCUGAGGAGAACAUGAGCAGUGAAGAUUCACCUUGGAGCCAGGACAGGGACGUGCACAUGAUUAUACAGGGGCAGGGGCUAAAAUUUUUUUCCAGUCCGUUAUACUAUAUGGAAAUUAAUGUAAAAUUAAAAAACAAAGUACUAAUAGAAAGCUAACGACUGUCCUGUGUAGGUGAAAGUGAUAUACAAUUGCCAUUUCUUUUGUGUCAACAAACUAUUGUCAACAUGACAUGAUCAAGAUAGUAACAUUUCAAACACAGAUUACCUACAUGCUGAAAUUACUAUCUAUCUAUCUAUCUAUCUAUCUAUCUAUCUAUCUAUCUAUCUAUCUAUCUAUCUAUCUACUUUGUUUCAGACCCAAUAAGUCCAUGUCAUACAAAAAGAUUAUCAUUAUUAUUAUUAUUGUUCUUAUUAUAAUUAUUAUAAUUAUAAUUAUUAUUAUUAAUUUGUUAGCCCACACAACAGUAGCAAAGUCACAAUAAACUUUGUAUCUAAACCUGGAACCUGUACUUCAGACCUGUAGUGAGGAAAUGUGUGAUCCGCCAUAAACACGAUGCAUUUUGUUUUGAAAAUAAACCUGGUGUUUAAUUCUCUAUUUUGUACAGGAUUUCCUGUCUGACAUGAUCUGCUCUGUGCUGGAUUGAUGCACUGUGCUCUCUCUCUGGUGGCUCUAUGACAGAGUGGAGCCACCAGAGACAGAGAAGUGGCAGGCUCAUCUCACACAAAAACCUGUAUUACAUGAAAAUGGGUAAGGUAGAAUACCGUGGAGUUUUUGUACCACCGUUUUCUUUUUAUUUAUUAAUGUUAUAAAAAAAAAUUAAAAAAGAGGGCACCUUUUAAUACAGGGCAAAAAGGGCAGGGGCUCAAGCACCCCUAGGGCUCUAUGUGUGUGCAUGAGCCAGGAGGAUUCAGGACAGGGAUAAUGCAAUUUGAGAAUGGGAAACAAAGAGGAGAAGGAGAAGUUUGAAUCUCACUUUGCAACGCAUUCUUGGAAAUAUUGCACAUCUUGUGUUUUUCCCAUUAAAAAAAUCAGGGGUUCUCACGACAAAAGACACUUAAACCUAAAAAAAUAUUUAAAAAAUUAUAAUAAACUUUAUAUCUAUGGAUAGUUCUGGAGUUGUUGACAAUAUAUAAUGCUUUAAAGUAAAAAGAAAUAUGAAUGUAUAAUGUUUUUAUGCACUGCACUUUUAUUAGACCGUCCAUUUUUGUCCACGAGGUUACUAAGUGUCAGUAAAUUUCAAGGGGUGCACAAGGGUUAAUGGCCUGUAACUCCUUCUUUAUUAAUAUGCUGCAGCUGAGACUUGUUCAGGACACAUCUUACUGGGUACCAGAGCAGCAAAAGAAUCGGCAUCAUGUUUCGUUUAACUGCACCUAGGUGGCACUAUGAAAUGUCUCAAAAAAAUUGCAUUCUGUGAUUUUGCUGUAGAUAUGCACAACUCCAUGAAAUUUUGGAACACAGAUCAGGAGGGGUGUCCUCUUAGGGGUUCCAAUGUCAAAAUGGAUAUCCAAUUCAAAAUGGCUCCAUAGUGCCCCCUACAGCACCUGUGUCAGGGGUUUACUGAGGGACAGACUGAGGUACAGUUAGAUAGUCUGCUCAUGGAGUGUGUGUGUGCGUGUGUGUGUGUGUGUGUGUUCUCGCACGCAUGUGUUCUAGUAUCCGUGAGGUUGCUCAGUCUCAUCACAGUCUAGAACAGGAACUUGCUCACGCAGUCAACGCCAGCUCCAAGGCCAUGGAUGUUGUCUAUGCUAACUCCAGCAACUCUGAGGUACCACACCAAACACGAUAUCUCUUUAUCCCUGCUCUCCUGUUCUAGUGUCUUUGUUCUCUCUGAGUCUAUAUCGUUCUAUUGUCUCUAUUGUUGGCUGUUUUUGCCUGGUCUUUGCUGUCCUCUUCUGCUCUCUGCUGUCCUCUUCUGGUCCAAAGUUUUUCUUCUGGUCAUUUUCCACUCCUUGUCUCUAAUGUCCUGGUCUCUUUUGGCCUUUCCUGGUCUCUGGUGUUCUCCUCUGGUCUCUGCUGUCUUUUCUGUCUAGUCCCCAGUCUUUAGUGGUUAAGCCGGUUCAUUUGUCGCAGUGCCAUGUUUUCUGUUGCUGGUUCUCCUGCCUCUUUUCUGUUCAGGUAUAACUAAUUUGAUUCACUUGAUCAAACAGCCUGCUGCUGUCUCUGUGUCCCUGUCCCUGUCGGUCUGUUUGUCUGUCUGUCUGUCUGUCUGUCUGUCCAUCUGUACCCAGGCCCUAAGCUGCAGCCUAGUACUUCAGAUGGUCCUGAAUGUGAAGGCUCUGCUCAGUGAGACGGAGCUGCUGCUGGCUGGAAAGAUGUCCAUGGUGAGUGAGCGUGUCUCCUGACCAGCUGACCCUCAGGACAAAUAACCAAGCUGAGAAUAAGCCCAACCCACUGACCAAUCAGAGUGGUGACCUCAGAGCUCUGUAGCUGACUGAGAGGAGAGGGAGACAGUUUAAGACAGAUGAAUGUGUUGCCAGAUGAAAAGUUGACUUUGCCUGUCUGUCUUGGGGGUUAAACACAGAGGUGUGGAAAUAUGUUAAAGGAGAGAGCUCUGACUGUGGUCAGUCACAGAUUUAUCAUAAUAUUUCUCAAAGGGAUGAUAUUAGGCACCUAGUCUGUCAAUAUGUGUUCAGGCUCUGUGUGAUACAGUCUGUUUGUGAAAUGAGAGCCUUCACUGUAACAGGGGCCUAUAACUGACGACCACCUGUCUGUGUGUCUGUGUCUGUCUGUGUUUCUGUCCCUGUGUAGCACUUGGACCCGCCUCAGCAGGAACAGCUUAACUUGGCUCUGGGCUCAGUGUCUCAGCAGCUCCGUCGACUUUCUGACGUCUCCUGGCUGUGUCCCCUCAUUGAACCCUCAGAUCACGAGGUAUACUCCGCUGAGUUUAUUAACAACCAGAUGAGGGUAAUUAACCCUGUAUCGUAUUAUAAUAAGUAUUACUGUCAUUAAUACUAAAAAUAAUAUCCUUUUUUAAAAUAAAAACAAUUGGUUAUUAUUAUUAUGACUAUAGAUAAUAACAUUAAUAUAAUUUUUGCUAUUUAUAUUGGUGUAGGACAGUAUAAACAAAAUCUAUCAAGGAAUGAGUAAUUUCAUAUCACAGUAACAUAUCAUGGUAUGUUUUUUUCCCACCUGUAAAUUCAAUUAAUGGCUUCAAAAUAACCAUACUGUCACAUUUGUUCAUUUUCCUUUUAUUUUUGAACUCUGAUUUGUAUACAAAUGCAAACAAAAUACCAGACCAGUCUGGCGAUUUUUUAUCAUAUAGUGGAGCGGGAAUAUGAGAUAGUAGUGCAAAUGGUGAUACAAGCAUGAAAUUUGGUACAGAGAUCCUUUAUACCACUACUAAUCAUAAUAUAACCUCUGGCCACCUGGGCGGCGCCAUUUUUCAAGAUGGCCACCAGCUUUUAGAAAUAGCUGCCACCAGGUCAACGUUUUAGACUAUCACUCUGCUGCAGCUAUAAAUCUUACAUUUACCCUACCUUUGAAAUAAUAUAUGUUUUAGGUAUUUAUACCAAUUAAAAACAACAUAUUAGGUUCCAAUAUGGCAGCAAAUAUCCAAUAUGGCGGUCUAGUCACACUCUAAUUUGCUGAUUUUUGAAAGGAUGAUCAAAAUGGUGAUACAACCAUAUAAUUUAGUACAUAUGACCUUUAUAUGACCAUAUUUUAGAAUCAACAUUUGGUUAAGCAGAUUUUAACCAUUUAAAAAGAUGGCCACCCAGAAAUAGAAAUGGGAAGAAUGCAGUAUUUUGUUGGUCAUUAUAGCUGCUGUUUGGAAGUUUGUCAUAUAUUUAUUCAUAAUAGAUCAGGGUUAUUUAUAUGUCAUAGACAUGAGAUUAUGAAAGGCCAUAUUUGUUUUAAAAAUGGCCACACCAUAUAACAUGACAAAUCAAUAAUAUAUUGUGUAGUGUCAUUACACUACCAGGGCACACUGGUUGACACUAUAGCUGUGAGACUCAGCAUGGGGUUCAAUGCUAGCUAGUAAAUUUGUCUAAAUAAAUUGUCUAGUCUCCUGAAUGCUGUUUAGCUUGCCCCAAGUUAAAGUUAAACAGCCGCACCUGAAUUGACAGGAUGUGCCAGCGCAGGAGAGCCGAGCCAAGGAAGAUGGGGCUUUAGUCUUCUGGAAGGUGUACAGAUCACACAGGAAUUAAAUAGCAUUAGAUGAAUGAUCGGGCUGGGGGUAGGAUAAUGAUCUUGUUAUUAUCUGAGCCCAGUUGUAUCCCAUACUUUAAAGUGUAGAGUAGUACAGUAAGUUGUCUUUAAAAGGUGGUAUAUAAGGAUAAUCCCUCAGCCUAGACAACAGCAAUGGACACACAGGCAGAAAUACACUCCACGCCUUCGUCACAGGCAGAUAGUACGCCUGUAUCUAGUCCAACCAAUUGGGAAUUAUGCUGUUUGUGCCAACAAAACAGCAGUGAAAGGUUAACUAAUGCCACAGGCAGUGGUUAUCUGACAUUGGCUAACAAUAUUCCCAAAUUUCACAAAAUGAACUGCAUGCCAAUUCUCUUUGACCCAAAGCAACUUGAUGAUGGUGAUGGAAUUUAAAAGCACAAAAAAACAAACAAACACAAACAAACAAACAAAAACACUACCCACCUAGGGCCCAGUCAGUGCCCACAUGGACAGCCCAAGUGGGAACCAAGUGUAUCCCACGAACUUCCCAUAUAAGAAGCCCACCUUGAAACAAUUGUGGGUCCUACCUGGGUGUGCUGGUCUGGGUAAUGGUACCUAUGUCACUAAAAUGCAAACAAAUCACUUUAAAUGUGUCAAAUUGAUUCUAUCUAUGGAAAUAAAUACAACUAUGUGCUGCAUGCUCUUAUGGCUUAACCAUGAACUGCAGUAUAUUUCUGCUAUUUAUCGGCAGCCAUAUUAGAAAUUUGCCACCAUAUUGGAACCUAAUAUCUUAUGUUUAAUUGGAAUAAAUACCUAAAACAUUAUAAUAAAUCAAAAUGAGGGUAUGUGUAAGUUUUAUAGCUGCAGCAAAGUGAUACAGUUCAAAACGUUGACCUGGUGACAGCCAUUUCUAAAAGCUUGCGGGCAUCAUGAAAAAUGGCGCCAUCCAGGUGGCCAGAGGUUAUAUUAUGAUUAGUAGUGGUAUAAAGGAUAUCUGUAGCAAAUUUCAUGCUUGUAUCACCAUUUGCACUAUCGCCUCAAAAAUCAGCAUAUUCCCGCUAGACUAAUAUGGCGUACCUUUGGCAAAAGUCUCUGCCAAGCUCUCUUGUAUGAGAGGAGCUGCUGCAGCUUUAGAUUUUGGUGUUUUGUUUUUUGAUAAUUGUUGUAUUUGCUAAAUCGGAAGAAUCUCCAGACACCCGAUUUCGCGACUCGCACCCUUUUUCAGAACGAGUUCCUCCUCCUCCUCCUCCUACUCAUGUUGAGUGGGUUGGGCUGCCUCUGCUUGCUCGAUACUGCCACUAAUCUCUGUGUCCGCCAUGACCACCCACCAGUAAAGCUGUUUCUUCUUCGUGGGAACUAUGCCAACCAGUUUACUGGACACGCUGGUGAUCAUAGGGAGUGCACCCAAACCUGACCGAUCAAACAAAGCGAACAAACUUUGCAUGACACGCUGGUGAAAAUACAGAAACGCUCCCAAACGGAUGUGCUCCAGCUUUCCUGUUAGCGAGCACAGACAACUACACACUGACUCAGAGGAAUGCUGCAGACAUCUGCUCUCUCUCUCUGGUAUAAACAGUAUUGCAAAAUUUCUACCGGUAGACACUUUUAUACCGUCACAUGGUAUAUAUCGUCAUACUGCCCAACACUAAUCAUGACAGUAAUCAUGACACUCAGUCUAAAGGGUUAAAUGUGGUUUACCUUCAGGAGACCCAUAGUACUCCUGAUAAGGAGUCAGACUGGUGAAGGGAGUGGAGGGGGGACCUGCUCCUUUGCCACAGGAGCAGUACCAGUGGAGGUGUUGGGAUUCUGUUUUCUUAAGACUUCUCCUUGUUUCUUGCUCUGUAGAAGAGAUUGUUCUUGGCCAGAUGUUGAAAGCCUGUGCUGUCUUUGAGAGUGUGAGGAUGGUCUUUAUUAAUGUCUUUGCUACUCUACUCUACUCUACCCCCCUUUUCUUCACAUAUCUUCCAAACGUUGAGCUGUCCUUCCAGUCCUAGAGAGAAAAACAACUCAUAGAUAGAGAUGUCGUUAGUCACAACUGUACAAAUCGCAUCUGUGACACUUUGGAGGUAAAAUGGGAGUAAAUCGUACGCUAGUUAAGGGAGCAUUAUGUGUUGUCCAUCAUAUUUUUAUGAUUCAUCAGCAACCCUGUUACAGCUCUUUAUCUGCUAUAUGUUUAUGUUAGAGUCAGGGCCCCGGCUUUGAAGUGAAAUUAAGUCAUCAAUGGAAAUCGGAGGAACAGAAGGUUGUAUGUAUGGGAACUUGGAACCAAUCUAGGAGGAAAUGGUGCACCAAGCGCCAUUCUUUUUGGCAUAUUGUCUGCUAAUUUUCGUUGCCUCUGGUCCCUUCUUUGUCAGAUUGUAAAUGUUUUGUUACAUUUCACGAUAGUGUGUAGGAUACAACAUCUUGAGUUUGAUUAUCAACAAGCACAUAACCUGCCAUUGUAGUGCCAUCAUCAGGUCUAAGUGCAGAACCAUCACAGUAGAGGACAAAUCAUCUGCAUCUUUACUCUUACUCUGAAUGUUGAAUUGAUUACAUUCAAGCAAUCUGAAGACGGAACUUCAGCCAUCUCUUUAUUACCAUGCAGUAAUGACUUCAAAUGUAUCACUAGAUAAAUAUGAGUGGCUGUUGAAAUGGGAAGUUUUGGUGUUUCAGCUAACAUGCGUUUGUAUGUUCAUCACCCCAGACUGAUAUGUGCUGUGUGAUUAUGUUGAGGUAAACAACAUUCACUGUGUGUGUAGUAUGCUGUAUUAGUGCAUAUUGUCAGAAAAAUUAAACUGCAUCUGACUUGCAACCAGCCGAGUAGAACAACAGAGUCAGUGGACUUCUUUUUCUUGGAUAUCUUUUACUUGCAAGGAGUCAGCAGCUUACAACAAAGGCAGCGUCCUCUGACUGAGAAACAGAUUUUUACACAUCCUUUAUGCAGUCAAGACACACAAACCCCCGCCCACUAACAUCAUCUCACAAGUGGCAUGACAUUACAACAGUAUCCAAAUAGGGCACAGCUUGCAGCUGUGGUCUGUACUGGGAGAACAAAAACAGCUUAGUUCAUCAUCAGGUUCCUGCUUAUCAGUUCAAUGUCACACUGUUGGGAAAACAACCUGUGAGUGAAAUUGUAGCAUUCAUCACUUUGCAUGGCUUCAGCAGAAAACUAUCAGUCUCAACUCCAAGGCCAUACUUCUCCUUUCCCAUGCUCAUUAAAAAGAAACAGAUAUGACUCUGCAAGCAUUCACACCAAGUGAGUUUCAGUAAAUGAUGAUUAACAUACUUAUAUAAUGAUAAAAUACACAUGUGCUAGCAUACACAUACAAUUUUUCUUUCAGAUAUCUUAACACUACAGUCUGUGCCUAUUUAAACGUAAUUGCCACAGCUAUCAUAGCUCACAAACAUGAGACUAUCACUUGAACAAGUAUCUUUGGGGAUUUGGAAUAAAAUGCAACGGGUCUCAAUCCUAAAUCAAGCACCCUUGUCAAAAUAGCAGUGGGGACUCCUGUCGUCCGCCAUACGAAGGUGAAAGCCAAGGAUGUACUCCGGAAACCUUAAUGUUGGAGCAGUGCAGAAAAAAUACUUGAUACAACGAAAGACGUGUUUCAUGCCAUCAGUCCAGUUCAUAACGUCCAGUGCGUCCUGGGGCGUUGAUUUUUGGAACAUAGGAUCAUGGACGGUAUAAUCACCAGCCAUGCAGUCCACCUAUAGUCCACCAGACUCAGAAGGGAUACCAGUUCAGGUUUUUUUUUUUUUUUUUUUUACAUGGUCCUUCAAUGUCCUUGAUGGCUGUCACACAAUCGGGAGAUAGAUACCUGCACCCAGCUCACAAGAUUUAUCCAAGGUAGUUGACAGAUUCUCAACAGAAUUGAAGCUUGGCAAUGAAUGUCCUGUAACCUGCCUCGGCCAAAUGUAUCCGUAGGGCCAAGGAAUCCUGUAUGCAGUCUUUUUCAGUCUCUGGUUAAAGAGGCAGGUCAUCCGAAUACUGGAGGAUACAGGGUUGACAUGGUAAAGUUGGAUGAGACAAGUGCAUAUUGACAGUUAAAUAACCUGUGGUGGAAUCAACAAAUCCCAUAGGUAGUUCUUUCCAGACAUAUUGUUAAUUUAACAUAGAGAAAUUUUGCAUCUCUUCAUGUACAGUGAUAGAGAAAUAUGCAGAGCAUAAAUUGAUUUGGUAUAGAUGCUAGAAUUAGAGGGCUGUGCGGUUAAAACUGAGUUAAUAUCAGACACUAUUGGAGCAAUGGAUUUCACCGCUUUAUUGAUUGACUAUUUUCCUCUGUAGAAAUUUGAUGUUCGUCCUCACACUUCAAAAUCUCAUUGGUGUUGGUUCAGAUGCAUGAGACUGGAUGAUGUCUUAGCACUGACUAUUAGUAUCUGCUGCAUGAUAGAGAUGUUAUCCCAAUCAAGGGCUUGUGGAAGUGACCAGAGAUACUAAUAGAUUAAACAGAAAAACUACUCAAAUGGGCAAUUCAACUUUUUCAGGAUGUUGUUCCUCCUCCUGAAUACCCUGGGUUGUUUGAUUGGCACCAUACCCCAUCCUCUAAGUGUCAUUCUGCAACAAGAGAUCAGAGGUUAUUUGAGGCAUAAAGUGAAGUUGUACUUGGUUCACAUUACUUUUUUGAGGACUCUUGCUCCCUCUUACAGGACGCUGUCCUACUAAGGGUCCAAUUACAUGAUAGUGAAGGCACCUGUCAGUCAUGACCUACUCUGAGUAUGGGAAAUAUGCUCUUGAAUGUGCAUGCCAGGUAUCCUUUUACAGUCUAAACUCUGUCACUAGGGUUUGAUCUGUGUCAGACAUACACUCUCUGUUAAGUCAAAAGUUAUAUUAUAAUUCUGGAUACAUUGAUGAAUACAUUUAGCUUAAAGGAUGUAUGUUGAGAGAUUUGACCCUCCCAGCAUCUGAGUAUAACAAGGGGACUACUUUUGUUGGCAUUGGGCAGGGCUGUUCAUUGUAAUUUAACAUGUUAAAAUAGUGAACUGUCAUCAUCAUCACUUACAUACUUCACAGAUGCACUAGGUAGGUUUACAUGUGGAGACAAGGAACCUGGGAGCUGCAAGAGGGUGUAACAAUAAGCUUGCUUCUUCAUAUUUUACUUGAACAGUUUCUUGAGUCCUAGAGAAAACUUUUUUUUCUUUUUUCUUUUUUAAGCUUACAAAGAUUCCCAGGAAACUGAUGAGCCGUCUAAAUCUACACCUUAGUCAUGUAGUCUCGAUUCCAUAGAAAACUAUCGAUGGCUGUGUUAUUCAUUAGAUACUCUCGUACAAUAUCUAAUUUCCUUCUGUGUUUAUUAUUAUUAUUUUUUAAUACUUUCUUAUCAUUCUGAUUCCUAUCCAUUGUUUUUUUUUUCUUUUUUACUUUCAUUAAAGCUGUUGUCCAUAGGAAAUAUAUCGUCAGAGCACUCAGCCAAAUUUAUAAAAAGGUUCAUCGUAAUAGAACCCCAGCUUCACUUGCACCUACUCCCUGGCUGACAUUUAAACUACAGACAUGGUUGGAACAAUGUCUAACUGUGGAACACUUUCAAGCAUUUCUUUUAUCACUUUUCUUUCUUUUCUUGGUAGAUCUUCGAUUUUUCUUUGUAUUUAUUUAUUUAGCUAUUUUUUUUGUUUCUUGUACCACGUGGUUUUCUGAAUUUACUGGUUUGCGACCUCAGUGCGAGAAAUUUUACUUGCGAUUAGUAAAUCUAUGGCUAUUUCUGAGUAUGCAAAGUGUCAAAAGGUUUGUGUGUUUCAUCCAUCUGUACUUUAGGUGAUAAGGCUUCUGUGAUAAGAAGCUGUUUCUGAACAAAAGAUGAAGGCUUUCUAGCGCGUAUUUAGUUAAUGAAAUGUACACACAGCAGUACGUAUUUCACCACUUUUUCUUUUUUUGGGGGGGGUGACAUUUAAGGGAAGCUGAGAUUCCCUUGCAGUCUUAGAGCAAUCGCCACUGCAGUGAACGCUUAUCUCUUGCAUCAAUCCAACUGUUUGUAAGAAGUGUUUUGAUUAUGACUUGGAUGAAACUGUUCUGCUCUGUUUCAAAGAGUGUGUCAGACUGACAGAUCUUUGAAAGACUUUCAAGAAUGUUUUUAUGGGUUUUCAUGAAACAUGUUCGAAAGCAGUUUUUAUCUUUGGAGCAGGUUCAAGUAAAUGCAGUAAAAUGGAAACCUUUAAACUUUUUACCAGGACAGGCAAAAAAUUUAAGCAGAAAAAAGAGACUAGAAAGCAGGCAAGAAAACGAGCUGACUGAGAUGAUUCUGUCCAUUGUGAGAUCCAGAGUGCAAGUGGACUUCAGGUUCUACAAAGCUAUGCCUGACCUUCAGGAGUUGAUUCAGAUGUAGGGUUGGGUAUCAAGAAUCGAGUAUUGAUGGGUAACAUUUCGAUUCUCCCGGAAUCGUUCAAAUUUUAAAAUUUCGAUUCCAAGUUUUGAUGCCGGAGUCUGCCGACCGGAAGAAAUAGCCGCCGAACACCAACGAAGAAGACGCCGCAUAACACCAAUGAGCACGGAGCAUAUGAGACAAAGCCACACAGAAAGAGAAGUGAGACAGAGAGAGAGAGUACAUUGCAAACCACAGCAAUGCAGCCGCUGUGGGUUACAAUCAUAGACUGUAUAUAGAAUGGACAGAGUCUGCUUUCCUCUCUGGGUGAAGCCACUCCGAGAACAGCACCCUCUGUUGAUGGGCUGCAGUAUAGGUCAUAAAUCCCGCCUCCGCCAGCAAAGCUUAUGAAGCUGUGGACAAACUUUAGAAAUUUAUUACACAGAACAUAAAUUUUCUCCCCCCUGCUUGCGAUGUUGACAUGUAGUUACUGUAAGACUGGUUUGUGCUCAAGUCCUUUUUUUCUGUACGGCUCCGUUUUCAAAAGUUAUUAGGGGGUUCAUGUUUUUUUUGAUUGACACCUGAUACAGCCGAUGGGUGUUCAGGGAUUGCGUAGCUCUCCUGGGGGAUACGCUGUUUGAGCCGAGCGUCAUCACAGCAACUCUCUGUGACUGCACGUCCGAAUGCGCGCAUCGCUACUGCGCAGCGCUGGUUUCAGGAAAUGAAGAAAAAUCCCGGAAAUACCGAGAGCUUUUUGGCUUCAAAUCCGUAUACAGGCGGUAGGCGGAACCAAGUUGUCCAUAGUAUAUACAGUCUAUAGUUACAAUGCACUCUCUCUCUCUCUCUCUCUCUCUCUCUCUCUCUGUCUCUCUUCACUCUCUCUGCAUGGCUCCGUCUCAUAUGCUUCUUGGCUAACUUUAGCAGGAAGAAUGAACUCUUGUCUCAAUGCAACAUUAGCAAUACAGUUAUAUCAUGCAAAGGAGGGUAAACGACCAACAUGAUUAAACAUCUCAGGUUUCAUGGAGGAGAAAUACCCGAGUGCUCGUCUUUGACGCACUUCGCCGGUGUUGUGCCAUAGAAUGCCCCCCUGCCGUAGAAUGCACCCCUGACGGGAGCGCGGUUGAAAGUACGUAAAUGAUAUUUAGUGUUGAUUGUUUUUUUUUUUCUCUUGUCCUCUGUUGAAUAUGCUGCAAAUAUUCAUAACUAAUUAUAACAAGUUUAAACUAAACUAACAAGUUUCUCCUUAAAAUCAAAAUCUCUCUCCUCUCUCUUUCUCUAUGCCCCCCCCCCCCCCCCCAUCUCUUUCUUCAGGGAUCUCUGACUGAUUUCUCGAAACGCUCUCGCAGUGCUAAGUUCAGACUUGUCCCCAAAUUUAAGAAAGAGAAAAACAACAAGAACAGAGAGACCUGCACCACCCUGUCACUCCCAGGUGAGACCCCUGACUCUGACUCUCUUCCUCUCUAUCGUCUUCCCUCGCUCUGUCUCUCCCACUGCCUGAUGGGGGUGGGGAAUAUUUACCUGUGUUGGAGAGUCACCUGUCCACCUGUCUGUCUGUCUGAAGCACUUUCUGUUGGUGUCUCAGUCCACCAGUGGGGGACGGAGGAGGUAGGAGCUUGGUUGGACUUUCUGUGUCUCUCUGAGUAUAAGGACAUCUUUAUUGGACAUGACGUCCGGGGGGCAGAGCUAAUUCACCUGGAGAGGCGGGACCUAAAGGUACAGAUACUAACUCUGAAUAACAACUAACUGUUAGCCACUCACUGCUUACUGCUAGCUAAUUUUCCCUUCAUUAAUGUGUGUGUGUGUGUGUGUGUGUGUGUGUGUGUGUGUGUGUGUGUGUGUGUGUGUGCGUGCAUGCGUGUGUAGGAUCUUGGUGUAACAAAGGUUGGUCACAUAAAGAGGAUCCUGCAGGGUAUCAGAGAGCUCAACAGGAACAGCAGCGCCAGUGAGGCCUGA